CUUAGGCUAUCAGAAAAGGCCUCCACGCCAAAUUUUGAGAUGCAGUAGCCUCCCCCACAGAUUGUCACCCUUCCUACAAUACUGGAAACAUUAAUAAUGCGCCCCUGCGAUUUUCGGAUUAGUGGCAGGAACUGGAGGGUCACAUCAAUUGUCCCAAGUAAGUUGACAUCCAACACUUUGGUAAAAUCUUGUUUAUUUAGCCAUUCAUUGGGACAACCAGGCAUUCCAGUCCCUGCGUUAUUCACCAAACCCCACAGCCCUAAAAUAAAAGAUGUUCAGUGAGAAGUCAUACAUUUCAGCCAGUAUUCUGCUGGGAAAUAUAAAGGCAGAAGUAUGUGUACAUGUUCACAUGAUUCAUGGAAAAUGUGAGUUACUCUAAAUAAUUGUGGACAUGAAAAAUCUGUUUAGGGAAAAAGAAUUUAGAAUCAUAAAUGGUUUAGGUGUAAGUUACAUUCUCAGGAUGUACGAGCUGUUAGCAAAGUGUUUAAUUACAAUGAAAUAUAGUAUAUUUACAGAGACUUGAAAUUUAAACAUAGAAAUAGUACAGUGCCUGACCUUUGUCACCAACCGUAUGAGUAACCCAUUUGGCAACAGAGCUUACACUCUGGCUAUCUGUGACAUCUAAGAUUACAGUCUGCAGUCUGCGGGAUGUCUGAUUCUUCAGCUCCUCUGACCCUUUCUCUGUCAUACAAGCUGCCAGUACUAGCAUGCCACGCCGUUCCAGCUGCUUCGCCAGGAGAUUCCCAAAUCCAGAAUCACAUCCAGUGAUGAACACAUAUUUAUCUGUGAGAUUCUGCAGUAUAUGGCUCUGUCUGUGCCAUCUGUACAUGAAUAUCAGCAUCACGAACACUACCAACAGUAUAGUUAUCCACAUGAUGGAGGCAGGUUACGUGGCUAAUAUAAAAAAAGAAAAGAAACGAUAUUUACAUAAACAUGCCGGUUACCUAUAUCUCUAUAUAUGCUAUCGAACUUCUUUACAUAUGCUUGUAUUUGUUGGAGCUUACUAACAAAUAUAAAGAAGCUCCAUUACAAAUACACCUGUGUCGGAAGAAGUGGCUUUCAAUCAAUGUAUUCACAACUCUGCAUUCACACAAACAUUGGCAUGCCUCACAAAGACAAUGCAGCAUUUACACACACAUUGGCAUGUAUGUAAUAAAACACACCAGUAUUCACAUAGACACAGCGACAUUCCUAUAAAUAUAAUCUCUUCUAAACUUGCCAGCUCAUACAUGUUCUUGAAUUCACAUAUACCGCAACUACACUCAAUGUGACUAUACAAACACUCAAGCACCAUGCACAGCUUCAGCUUGGAGGUGACCACAGGUAUAUAUUUGAUGAGGUUUUGGAUAGUAAUGUCACUUUAAUUAUAAUUUUAAUAGCAGCAGAUAUAUAAUUUGCAUUGUGAGUGUAUGCAUAAAAGUACCAUCACUUUAACUGUUUAGUUUUGACACUGAAUUUUUUAAAUUGCAUUUAUCACAUUAAUUUUGCAUUAUAUUUACUCACAAUGCUCUUACAAACAGAUUAUAUGUAUAUAUAGCUUAUUUAGCGCUAGCACCAAUUCAUUUAUUCCCACUUUUGGAAUUAGUGUAGAACCCACCGAUAUUGAGGUACUCUGAAAUAGUGGUGGGCUUAACACGAUAUGGCCAUAUGAUGGAACUGAAUCCCCAUUUGUGUUUGCUGAGAUAGGUGAUUUUAAGUAGCAUUAUAGAAUUUACAAACUUAUUUUAUGAGUGCGCUGUUCCUUAAUCUGUAUUAGCACACUCAGGAAAUAUACUCAUGUACAUGUAUUUAUUCAUUGAACUGAGAAUUGUGGAGAAAUGAAAAAAAAAUUUUACAUUGUAUAACAAAUUAUCCAAACUGGAAGAAUAACAGCUAAUAUACAGCUAAUUAUAAUGAACUGAAAACCAAAUUGCAAAAUUCAGAAUAAAAUAUCCAAACUGUGACCAUAGUGGAUUUGGGAAUGUUUUUCCAAUCCAGCUAUUUUGUCUUUCAUUUUUUAGUUCUUCUUUCAAUUACAAUGAAGGUUUAGUGAAUAAAUGACGUGUCUAUCUGGGCAUGUCCAUCUGUAUCUUUGUCUGUAUCUGUCUGUUAGUGUGUCAGGAGUUAUUCCUUGUGGGUUUUAAGGGGUGGAGUUUUGAGGAGGGCCAGGGGUGAGGUUCACCAAAUCUUGUUUUGGGCUCAAGUGCCAGUUAUAUUUUGACUCUAGCCAUGCCCCUGACUAACUGGAUAAAAACUAUCAAAUAUAUAUGAGAUGUAAAUGCAGAAAGAAAAGUCCUGCGCUCACUCCCAUCACUGGGCGGCAGCAAUGACUACAGUACACAUCAGCCCCAAUCUAUAGUAAAAACCAAAGAAAAACAUCUUACCUGUGCUCUCUCCUUAAUCCCUAUGUAUUUUUAAACAAAUUGAGGGUUUUUUAGUUACCUCCAAUGGCCAUGAGAGGAUAAGCCCACCUGCCAAUGUCAAGGCAUACCCCCCCAGGUGGGUCUUAACUCUAACCAUUCACCUUGAGCUUCUGGCAAAGAUCUCUAAUGACACAGAAAGGGGUAUUUUUUAUAUACACCCCUAUGCAUUAUUAACCCUUAAUAGGGAACACAUGGGAUGGGCGGCUGCAUUGUAACAAGGCUGAGUGAUACAAAAAAUGGAUACACAGCUCACAGCUCGUCUUUGUAGAGACAUUUGGUGUUUAACCGCUUAAGGACCAAACUUCUGGAAUAAAAGGGAAUCAUGACAUGUCACACAUGUCAUGUGUCCUUAAGGGGUUAAACCAACUGUAUAUCAAUUUGAGUAUGUUUAAAUUCCUUAUGCAGGAUAAAGAAUACAAUGUAAGCUUCAGUUUAAUAAAGCAUAUAAAUAAAGGUUAACAUCCGUCUUUUUACAGACUGUAAGCUUAUUUGAACAGGGACUUCUUCACCUCUUGCUAUAUUCUGUAUAGGAAUACUUGUCAAAUAUUCCUAUUCUGUGAAAUAAGUUGGCACUAUAUAAAUGCCAAUAAUACAAAUAACAAUAAUAAUAAUAAUAAUUGCCUUUUCCAUUGGUUAGAAAGAUAAAACAUUCUGAUGAUAAACUACAUGUUAGAAAAAUGAGUGUCGACAGUAGAUAAAAUCCUUGUAUUCCAUCUAUUUUUAUUCCAUCUGUUUUGCCCAUUCCCUAUCUGAAGCACAAGAAUCAUUCUCGAUUUUGUUACAACAACAACAAAAACAGCAAUAAGUCUGCACUAAAAUUAACUCUAUAAUAUUGUGAGGUCCAAAUGAAAUAACCCAUUAUCAAUUACCUCAUCCUACGCCAUGUGUUCAGUGUCCUCACCUUUCAAGUUAUGAUUAAUGCAGUGCAUUCGUUAGUCACUGGACUAGAUAGGAAUGAAGAUUCAAAGACAAGCAACUUCAACUGGUUUACCUAGUUAUUACUGAAACACGUUCUCAUUUCUCCUGGAGAUGAUUAACUAUAGCACAUCACGUGACCUGAAUCAGUUUGUUCCGAACUCAAAAAUAUCACAUCCUUGUAGUCAGUUUCUGAUAGAAACAUCCAGAUUUACUAAGCAAAGGCUAUCAUUCAUAAGAUUAUUUUCAAUCAAAAAACAGAGAAGUGGAAAAGUAAUAGAUUUAUAAGGUAUAUUAAUUUAACAUCAAAAUGUCAAAUAUGGCUCAUUUUACUGAACUACAGUUGAGUUGGAAAACUUCUCUUAGUUCGGCCAGUUUGAAAACGGUUAGUGUGUUUUUUUUUGUUUGCUGAUAAAUAAAUAUUUGAUUACAUACUUUGAUCCGGUAAAUGGUCAAUUAACUCAGUUAUAGUUAUGGAUCCAGGUUUCAACCCGCAGUAAGAUAUCAAAUGUUUUAGUAUGGUUUGACAAUAUCUGGUGAAACUGGCAGAGAGCAUCAGUUGAGCAAUAGAGCAACCCGGGUUCUCCUGCUGAAGAAGAGCAGAGUGUCAGGAUUACUGUUUGAUCCAGCACGUAGAACUGUACAGCACGGAUGACAAAUAAGUAACGUAUUACCGGUCCUUAGAAUGGCCGGAUUUAACGUACAAAGAAUAGUCAAAAAUACUAGCCGAGGUCAGGGAACACAGAAAGGGACACAGCGAUGAGGAAAGCCAGGAGUCAGGAUACCAGAAUAUAGAGAAGUCAAUAAACAAAGCCAAAGUCAAAACCAGGUAGAAAACUAUAAACAGGAACGCGCUCUCAGACAACCACAAGGGAAACCACGACAGGGCACUGAGCAGGCUGAGAACUGGGCCUAAAUACCCCUCCUUUAGUUCUGAUAGGCUGUAACCGGCCUUUGACCGCAAAGUCAGUUACCAGGUUUCAUUUGCAUAAUUGCUGCUCAGCAUUAACCCUUUUGUGGAUUAGGUUGCUGCUCGGCACAACUUUUCCUGUGUGGACAGUAAAUGUUAUUAACCACUUUUCUAUAAGCGGAUGAAUACGUGACACCAGGUUUCAUUUGCACAAUCACUGCUCAGCAUUAACCCUUCUGUGGAUUAGGUUGCUGCUCGGCACAACUUUUCCUGUGUGGACAGUAAAUGUCAUUAACCACAUUUCUAUAAGCGGAUGAAUAUGUGACACAGAGAUAGCAAUCGAGGCACCAGUGUGAGGCAGUUCCCAGGUAAGUACAUCCUACCACGCGGCAGGAUACUAUAAGCAAUAUAAACUAUAUACUGAGAUUAGGCGGUUAAUGGUAUUUGGGGUGUUUUUUAAUGAGUCUGUGGCCAAUUGCGCCCCAAGAUCAAUGUAUUUCUUACAAUCACAUCUAGUUUAUAUUAGUAUAUCCAAGAUUUUUCCUAAAGUUAUAUUAAAUGCAUAAAUAUUAAUUUUUGUACAAUGAUUUUCCAAAUGUGAAUUAUACAGUAUUUAUCUGAGUCUGUUUGAUAAAUUUGUUCAGCUUGAACCAUAAAUAAAUCAAUUUAAAAAUAUCCAAUUAUAUUUCUUAGAAGAGUCUUUAUUAGACAACCAAGCCCUUUAAAUUAAGGCGCAAAAUGUUAAAGACCACACUUGUAUUUUGCUUCUCAUUUUCUCAUUGGACAUAUGGUAGGUGGCUCUUGUCACGUUUCUAAAUAGGUUCUUGCAUACUGUAGGACUCUGAAUUCUUUCCACCUUUCAGUCAUUGGCCACCAUUAUACUAAUUUUUAUUGUAACCACUUCUCAUCGUUCACUGCAUUCAAAAGAAUAAGCGUAUUUCUGUACCCUGCUCACUUCGUUCUGUGAUUGUCUGCAUCUUUAUGUCGCCACACCACCAACUUGUGCUCAUGAUUGUCAUGAUUGUCAUGGUUAAAUAAAUAGAAUCUUAGAGUUGCAUCUUUACUACAAAGAUUUAUAAAUCUGACAGUUGGUGUUUUUUGUUUUUUUUAUCACAACAGUCAUUUUCCUCGCAGGCUGAGCCAUGGCUGGGGCAUUUACUGAGACCUUCUAAUGAUAACUGUGAAGCACCCCAGAUGGAGUAUAUAACAAGAAUAAACGUUAUCUAAUCUGUGUAGGCACCUGUGUUUAAAUCUUUUUCCUGAGUGAUUUAUUUUCAUAAAAUAUAUAAGGAAAAAAUAGGGAAUACUUUUCCUUAUGUAUAAUAUUCAAGUUGGCAAAAUGUGACAAUGUUCAGAGCUUAAAGGGACACUAUAGUCACCCAGAUCACUUGAUCUCAUUGAAGUGGUCAGGGUGCAGUGUCCUUGUCCCACUUAGUCCCGCAUUGUAAAUUACUGCAGCUUUAGAGAAACUGCAGCCUCUAGUGGCUGUCAAUCAGAUAGCCAAUGCGGGGCACUUCCUGGAUGCUAACAAUUUUUCUUAUUUACAUAGACUGAUUUCUAAACACAUUUAUUGUGGGAUACACAUUACUUGGAGUAUUAUUCCUAUAGAGCUCUGUUAUGCACUCAGGCACACCAACAAUAUUGAGCUCCUAGAAUAGAGUGUUAUUAGGACAGAAAAAAGGAACAGAGGUAGAAUACCCAAAAUAGGGACCGUCCCUCCUAAAAAGGGACACUUGGGGUGUAUGUAAAUAUUUGUGUUGCUGUGAUUGCUGGCUACAUUGGCAUGUACCAAUUGUACAGCGCUGCGGAAUAUGUUGGCGCUUUAUAAAUGCCAGUAAUAAAUAAAUAAAUACCAGGCACUUUUCUAUCCUAAUGUGUCUCCCCCCCCCCUUUUUGUUUUAGGAGCGCCAUAUUGUUGGUGUGUCUGAGCGUAUACCAGAGCUUCACAGGAAUAAUACACACAGUAAUGUUUUUUUAUAAAACAAUUAAUGUCUUUAAAAAUUGGUCUGUGCAAAUCAGAUACAUUGUUCUUGUUCAAAGUUACAAUACAGUUGCAUUAAUGGUAAGCUAAUCAACUAAAAUUUCGCAGAACAGCCCCACCCCUGGCCACACCCCUACAGUUAAGUAUCCCUGUCUAUGAAUUUUAAAUGCUGGGUACUUUCUUAAUAUAUAAAAUACGGAAUCUAUGUCAGCUUAAUAAUAUAAAGCAAUCAAUGGAUAAAAAUAAUGGGUACACCCAAGUUCCGCCUAUUUCUUAAAUCUUAGUACCAGCUUGCUCGUAAGGCACAACAAUGCAAUGUCCCCAUACUACCUAAAAGCAGAAAGAUUAUUAACAGUUUCUCAACCCUUCCGGUUUAUCUAUAUCAACUCAUUGAUUUAUGCAGGCAAGCAAUCCAUUAAAAGCAAUAGCAAUGUUCUGCAUUCCGUCUCUGGAAAGAUUAAAAUACAACAUGAGGUUAAAUCCAUGGUACGGCUGGUUAUGUAAAAAAAAUAAAUGGAAAUUCCCACAUUUUCUAUCCUGCCAAGAAACAUGCAGAGAAUAAAAGAGAGAGAAAGAAAUGGUGUUCAAAGUUCACAAACAAGAGAAUGUCUGUUCAGUUUAUUCAGUCCAGGGGCAAUGCUGGCUUUUGUACCAUAGCGAACAUGCCUGCAAAGCAUUGUAGUAUAAUGUGAAGAGUGAUCCUGUAACAGGAAACAAAUAUUAGACACAUUUCAAAAAGAAUAUGUUAAAGGACAUUCCUGCAAAUUAAAAGGAAAGGUGGAUGAAGCUAAAGGCCUGAAAGGUUCUGGGUCGUAUUCUUAUAAAAAUAUUGUUUCAGAAAUUGAUUGUUUUUCUUUUCAUAAUGACUGAUUUUAUAUUUCCGACUCAUUUUUACAAAAAAUAGUCUUUUAGUUUUUUUUUAUUUUUUUUUCCACUUAAAUUUUUCUUUUUAUUGAAUACAGUCCGAGACAAAAGUUUUAAAUUUUUCUUUUUAUUGAAAAGUUUUAUAAGAAUACAGUCCGAGACAAAAGUUUUAACAUGUCACGAAAAAAUAAAAACAGCAUAUUUCAUAAGAUCCAUCAUAUAUCAAAGUAUACAUUGUUGAGGAUACAACACUUUCACAAACAUAAACAAUGACAAGAAAGGCAUAGAAAAGACAAAUUGAUCUAACAAAAAUCUUUAGCCACCCCACCAUGUCUGUCAAGCUGUGGGGGAAUCCAGGAUUCUCCACACAUCCAUAAAGGAUUUGAGGGAGUUUAUGGCUCGGUGGAGAGAAUAGACCAUCUGUUGAAUAUCAGAAAUGUGCGCCAAUACCUGAGAAUGCUGUGGCACCGAAGGGAUUUGUAUUUUUUAAAUCUAAAGAUCAUUUACUAUCUGAGCCAUUAAAUAGGGGACAUUUUUAGGAUGCAUUUUAAUGACAUGACCUACCCCAUGUCAUUCUUUCUAAUCUCCAUAUCUGUAUCUGUCAUGCAAACCCCACAAACCUCCUCUAUCUCACUAAUCACAAACUUUGAAUUAUCUCUCCUUUACCUACGUACAGACAGAAAGUAAUGGUAUAUAAUAUAUCCUAGGACAGAGAAAGAGGUGGAUGUAGUGAGUGAAGCUGAAAGGGGUUAUGCCAGACUGCCCAAGGCAGGAGGAUAGACGCAUCAAUAUCAUCAAUCAUCAAUAAACCUACAAAUUCCAAAUUGCAGAUCAUAAAUGCUGGCCAUCCAAAAAACAGCUGAAACCUUAUGUUUUGUUUUUUUAAUACUUUAUUAGAUAGCCACUAGAGGCGCUUACGGGAGUUUUCCUAAAUGACGCUGAAUGUACUCACACUCUGCAUGAGGACAUUCAGCGUCAUUGAAAUUCUCAUUGGAAGGUAUUGAGGCAUUUCAUCCUUGGACCCAGGCAGCAAAAAGUCUUGGGCUGGCCAUGAUGGGACACUAUAGUCACCAGAACCACUGCAGUGGUUAUGGUGUCAAUAGCAUAUCCCUUCAAACUUUUUCAGUGUAAACACUGCUUCCUAUUUCAGUGUCGCACUGUGUAGAGACAUUGAACGUUCCUCAUAGAGAUGCAGUGAUUCAAGCCUGGCGGGGCCAGCAACAGCAAGACAGUCAUGGUGUGGGAAAAAAGAUGAGUUUAAACACCUUUCCUAUGCAAUCUAAGGGGGACUGGUGACCUAAAUAGUUUAACACUGCAUGUUUGUGUUCCUGACACUAUUGUUGUUGUUGUUUAGUCGUUCAGUCGUGUCCGACUCUCCGUGACCAUAUGGACCAUAGCAUGCCAGGCAGGGGCGUAUUAGCCGCGAGGCAAACAAGGCAUUUGCCUUGGGCGGCAUUUUUCAGGGGGCGGCAAAAAACGCCGCCCCCCCAAAUGCCCAGGGCAGAUGCCUAGUUAGCCUCGCGGCUAACAGACAUGCCGGACAUGCGGCGCUGGCAGCAGGCGGGCGGCUGGCGAGGGAGCACUUCCUAUGAGCUCUCUGCUCAGCUCCCUCGCGCGCCGCAGAGUGAGGCUGGGAGCCGGAAUAUGAUAUCAUCUUCCGGCUCCCAGCCUCACUCUGCAGCCGGCGCGCGAGGGAGCUGAGCAGUCAGCUCAUAGGAAGUGCUCCCUCGCCAGCGCCGCCCGCCUGCCAGCCCUGCAGCCACUAGACCACCGGACCACCAAGGAGAGAGACCCCCCCCCAGCACUCCCAAAGGUAAGGAGGUUGGGGGGGGAUUUAAAUUAAAAAAAAAAAGUUAAUGUGUGUGUCUGACUGUGUGUGUGUGUGACUGUGUGUGUGUGUGUAUGUGUCUGACUGUGUGUGUGACUGUGUGUGUGUGUGUGUGUGUAUGUGUCUGACUGUGUGUGUGUGACUGUGUGUGUGUGUGUAUGUGUCUGACUGUGUGUGUGUGUAUGUAUGUGUCUGACUGUGUGUGUGUGUGUGUUUGUGUCUGACUGUGUGUGUGUUUGUGUCUGACUAUGUGUUUGUGUCUGACUGUGUGUGUGUCUGUGUGUGUGUGUGGGCUGUGUUUGUGUCUGGUGUGUGUGUUUGUGUCUGGUGUGUGUGUGUGGGCUGUGUGUGUCUGGGCUGUGUGUGGGCUGGUGUUUGUGUCUGUGUGUGUGAUCUGACUGUGUCUGUGUGUGUCUGGGCUGUGUGUGUGUCUGGGCUGUGUGUCUGGGCUGUGUGUUUGUGUCUGUGUGUGUGUGUUUGUGGUGGUGUGUGUGUGUGUCUGACUGUGUGUGUGUUUGUGUCUGUGUUGUGUGUCUGACUGUGUGUGUUUGUGUCUGACUGUGUUUGUGGUGUGUGUGUGUCUCUGACUGUGUAUGUGUGUGUGUGUUUGUGUAUGUGUGUGUUUGUGUAUGUGUGUGUGUCUGACUGUGUGUGUGUAUGUGUCUGACUGUGUGUGUGUGUAUUUAGAAGGUGGGGCGGGUGGGGGUGGCGCGCGGGGAGGGGGGGGCCCUGAGUUUUGUCCUGCCUAGGGCAGCACAAAACCAAGAUACACCACUGAUGCCAGGUACAUCUGUCAGUCACUGCCCCUCUGGGCUCCAACAACUUCAUGUUCGUGGCUUCAGGGACCUCAUCUAUCCAUCUCCAUCUCUGUCGUCCCCUUCUUCGCGUGCCUUCAUUCUUUCCCAGCAUCUCUAGAGAAUCCUGCCUUCUUAUUAUAUGGCCAAAAUAUUUGAGCUUCAGCCUCAUGAUCGUAGCUUCCAGUGAACAGUUUAUCUUGAUUUCCUGUAGUACGGAUUUAUUGGAUCUUCUUGCAAUCCAAGAGAUUCUAAGCAGUUUUCGCCAACACCACAGCUCAAAGGCAUUAAUUCUAUGACGCUCAGCCUUCUUUCUAGUCCAGCUGUCACAUCCAUAUGUUACUACUGGGAAUACCAUAGUUCUGACUAUGCGGACCUUUGUUGAUAGUGUAAAAUCUUUAGUUUUUACCAGCUUGUCCAAGCUUGCCAUAGCUUUCCUCCCCAGAAGCAAACAUCUUUUAAUUUCAUGACUACAGUCACCAUCUGAAGAGAUGUUGCUAGGAUGUAUUUAAACUAGGAGGGGGGGGCAAAAGGGUGAUAAAACAUCAAUCCAAUUGUCCCCCAAAACAAGGACAGAAGGUGCCUGUAGCAAGUGUGUUAAAAAUGAUAAGCUUAGAGUCAUGUCUACAAAUGCUCGCAGUUUAGGGAAUAAGAUCCAUGAACUUGUGGCAAUAAUGGCAACUGAUAGUGUAGAUUUAGUCGCUGUUACUGAGACAUGGUACAAUGAGAAAAAUGACUGGGACAUAGCAAUACCAGGGUACUCUUUAUAUAGGAAAGAUAGGGAAGGCAAGAAAGGGGGAGGGGUGGCCUUGUAUGUGAAGGAUAGCAUAAAAUCUAGCCUAAUAAAAGUUAGUGAGGCAAACAUAGAGUCCGUUUGGGCUACGUUAGAAUUUGGUAAUCACACAGUAACUCGUGUAGGUGUGAUUUAUAGGCCCCCAGGACAAAUUGAAGAGUUAGAUAAUCUACUAGUUGAGGAAAUAGCUAAAAUGACAAUGAAGGGGAAGUUAUCAUCAUGGGUGACUUUAAUCUUCCUGAUGUAAAUUGGAAAACAAAAUUAGCUACUUGUGCCAGGAGCACACAUAUUCUAAACUCCCUACUGGGAUUGUCUCUAAAACAAGUUGUUGAAGAGCCAACUCGUAAAGAGGCCAUACUAGAUUUAGUGUUAACAAAUGGAGAUUUGGUAUCAGAUAUUACUGUAGGUGAAAGUUUGGGAUCCAGUGAUCAUCAGUCAGUGUGGUUUAAUAUAAGAACAGUGACUGAGUCACACCACACAAAAACAAAAGUUUUAGACUUUAGAAAAACAGACUUUUCUAAAAAUUAGAAUAUGGGUAGAGGAGUCAUUAUCAGACUGGAGCAAUUUAAAUGGAGUCCAAGAAAAAUGGGAUUAUUUAAAAGUUGCACUAUUGAAGGCAACAGAAAAUUGCAUUAGGCUUGUCAGUAAAAGCAAAAAAUUCAAGAAACCACUGUGGUACUCCGCAGAUGUGGCCAAAAUAGUUAAAAACAAAAAGUUAGCAUUUAGGAAUUAUAAAAAAAACCAGAGUGAGGAAGACAAAAUGAUCUAUAAGAUUAGGCAGAAAGAGGCUAAGCAAGUUAUAAGAGCUUCCAAAUCACACACAGAAGAGAAAAUAGCACAGUCAGUAAAAAAGGGGGACAAAACAUUUUUUAGAUACAUAAAUGAGAAAAGAAAAGUAAAACAAGGAUUAGUUAGAUUAAAAACAAAAGAAGGAAGGUAUGUAGAAGAGGAUAAAGGUCAGGCUGACUGCCUCAAUGAAUAUUUUUGUUCUAUAUUUACAGAAGAAAAUGAAGGAAAGGGACCUCAGUUGAGAAAAAGGAUAAAUGAGUCAUUUAUUACACGUGAGUUUACAGAGGAAGAGGUUCUAUUUCAACUGUCAAAAGUAAAGACAAAUAAGUCAAUGGGACCUGAUGGAAUACACCCAAAGCUAUUAAAAGAGCUUAGUGGUGUACUAGCAAAACCAUUAACAGAUUUAUUUAACCAAUCAUUGUUAACAGGAGUAGUCCCAGAAGAUUGGAAGUUAGCGAAUGUUGUGCCCAUUUACAAGAAAGGUAAUAGGGAGGAGUCGGGCAACUAUAGGCCAGUAAGCCUUACUUCAGUAGUGGGGAAAGUGAUGGAAACCAUGUUAAAGGAUAGGAUUGAUGAACAUCUAAAACACAUGGAUUUCAAGAUCAGAGACAACAUGGGUUUACUUCAGGGAGAUCAUGCCAAACUAAUCUUAUUGAUUUUUUUGAUUGGGUAACUAAAAUUAUAGAUCAGGGUGGUGCAGUAGACAUUGCUUACCUAGAUUUCAGUAAGGCUUUUGACACUGUUGCACAUAGAAGGCUUAUCAAUAAACUGCAAUCUUUAAGUUUGGAUUCAAAUAUUGUUGAAUGGGUAAGGCAGUGGCUGAGUGACAGGCAACAGAGGGUUGUAGUUAAUGGAAUAUAUUCGAAGCUUGGACUUGUCACCAGUGGGGUACCUCAGGGAUCUGUACUUGGACCCAUUCUCUUUAAUAUUUUUAUUAGUGAUAUUGCAGAAGGUCUUGAUGGUAAGGUAUGUCUUUUUGCUGAUGAUACUAAGAUAUGUAACAGGGUUGAUGUUCCAGGAGGGAUAAGCCAAAUGACAAAUGAUUUAGGUAAACUAGAAAAAUGGUCAGAAUUGUGGCAACUGACAUUUAAUGUGGAUAAGUGCAAGAUAAUGCAUCUUGGACGUAAAAACCCAAGGGCAGAGUACAGAAUAUUUGAUAGAGUCUAACCUCAACAUAUGAGGAAAGGGAUUUAGGGGUGAUUAUUUCUGAUGACUUAAAGGUAGGCAGACAAUGUAAUAGAGCAGCAGGAAAUGCUAGCAGAAUGCUUGGUUGUAUAGGGAGAGGUAUUAGCAGUAGAAAGAGGGAAGUGCUCAUGCCAUUGUACAGAACACUGGUGAGACCUCACUUGGAGUAUUGUACACAGUACUGGAGACCGUAUCUUCAGAAGGAUAUUGAUACCUUAGAGAGGGUUCAGAGAAGGGCUACUAAACUGGUUCAUGGAUUGCGGGAUAAAACUUACCAGGAAAGGUUAAAGGAUCUUAACAUGUAUAGCUUGGAGGAAAGACGAGACAGGGGGGAUAUGAUAGAAACAUUUAAAUAUAUAAAGGGAAUCAACACAGUAAAGGAGGAGACUAUAUUUAAAAGAAGAAAAACUACCACAACAAGAGGACAUAGUCUUAAAUUAGAGGGACAAAGGUUUAAAAAUAAUAUCAGGAAGUAUUACUUUACUGAGAGGGUAGUGGAUGCAUGGAAUAGCCUUCCAGCUGAAGUGGUAGAGGUUAACACAGUAAAGGAGUUUAAGCAUGCGUGGGAUAGGCAUAAGGCUAUCCUAACUAUAAGAUAAGGCCAGGGACUAAUGAAAGUAUUUAGAAAAUUGGGCAGACUAGAUGGGCCGAAUGGUUCUUAUCUGCCGUCACAUUCUAUGUUUCUAUGUUUCUAUAUGUUGGAUCCCAGGAAUAUAAAAUCUGUCACUGCCUCCACUUCUUCCCAUGCCCAGCCUUAUGUAUUAUGUAUUCCGUAUAUAAGUUGAAUAAAUAAGGUGACAAUAUCCAACCUUAUCGCACUCCUUUCCCGAUCUUGAACCAUUCUGUUGUCCCACAUACAGAUUCCUCAGGAGGCAGAUGAGAUGAUCUGGUACUCCCAUCUCUUUAAGAACUUACCACACGUUGUUAUGAUCUACACAGUCAAAGGCUUUAGAAUAGUCUAUGAAGCAGAAGUAGAUGUUUUUCUGGAACUCUCUGGCUUUCUCAAUUAUUUAUCGUACAUUGGCAAUUUGAUCUCUUGUGCCUAGUCCUCUGCGGAACCCAACUUGUACACCUGGUAAUUCCCGGUCAAUAUAUUGCUUGAGUCGAGCUUGUAGGAUACUAUAGUGUUCCUUUAAUUGUUUGAGAGUUAGACAGUUAACUAAAGUUUUGUUUCUCUGUAUUCCUCUUAUAAGUUCCUCUAUAAGUUCUUAUUCUUCCUUUGAUCUGCACAACAUUUUAGAGCACAAGUAUGUAAGCAGUAGGGAAAAUUAAAAUAAAUAAAUAAUGUAUUUGUUUAUUAUUUAUGAUUAAUGGCUCUAUUUCAUAGGUAUGGAUCUGAAGCUGCAGCUCAAUAUAUUAACACAUUUAUUUGCCGCACAAUUUAUCUUUCUGGGAGACUGGAAGUAAUACUAAAGUUUGCUUUGGCACAUCAUAUUUGCCUUAACCCCUUAAAAACGGCAGGUGAUACCCGCUCGCCGGUGAUACCACACUGGUGAUCGCGAUGGGGAGACUUACCUGGCAUCCCAGGGAGUCCCCCUGCUGCCGAUCUGGCCCUCAUGGGCCAUGUGAGGACCUCAUCAUCACAUGGAUGGAAUAGCCGUCCAUAGCAGUGCCAGCAGGGGGAGUUCCUGUAAUGACAGGUAGUCCCCCUGCUGCCUGUAAUAAAUUAAAAUAAAGUUUUAAAACAGUGUAAAAUAAAAUAAUAUAUACUUAGAUUAUAUAUAUAUAUUAUAUAUAUGAUCUAAGUAAAUAUAAACACAUACACUGUCUAAGUGUAUUUUAAUAUUAAUUUAAAUAUAAUUAUAUAUAUUCAUAUCAAAAUACACAUAGAAUGAUAUUAAUUAAAUAUAUAUAUAUAUAUAUAUAUAUAAUAUAAAACAAAUAAAUAUAUAAAUACGUAAAAAAAUGAAAAAUAAAAAAACAAUAAAAAAGAAAUAAUUAAUAUAUAUAUAUAUAUACACGUGUAAUUUCAUUAUAACUGUAUUUUGAUAUUAAUUUAUAUAUAUAUAUUGAUAUCAAAAUACACAUAGAACGAAAUAAUAUAUAUAUAUCUAUAUACAUAAAUAUAUAUGUAUAUAUCACUAUAUAAAUACCUAUAUAUACAUGAAAAUAAUUUAAAAAUAUUAUAUAUAUAUAUAUAUAUAUGGAUAUAUAUAUAUAUAUGUGUAUAUAUAUAUAUAUUAUUUUUUAAAGUUCUACAUAUAUAUUUAUGUAAUAUUAUAAUUAAGUCAUUUUAUUAAUUACAAUUUGCGGGACCUGUCUGAUAACCCAGGCAGAAAGUCCAGAGAAUUUAAUUUGCUAGCACUAUUUUUAACCCUGUAACUUUCCAAGACACCAUAAAACCUGUACAUGGGGGUACUGUUUUACUCAGGAGACUUCGCUGAACACAAAUAUUAGUGUUUCAAAACAGUAAAAUGUAUUACGAUAAUAUCAUCAGUGAAAGUGACUUUUUUCUGCAUUUUUCCACAUAUAAAUGGCACUUACACUGACGAUAUGAUUCUUGUGAUACAUUUUACUGUUUUGAAACACUAAUAUGCGUGUCCAGCGAAGUCUCCUGAGUAUAACAGUACCCCUCAUGUACAUUUUUUAUGGUGUUUUCAAAAGUUACAGAGUCAAAUAUAAGGCUUGUGUUUCAGUUUUUUCACAUUAAAAUUUGCCAGAUUGGUUACGUUGUCUUUGAGACCGAAUGAUAGCACAGGAAUGAGAAUUACCCCAUGAUGGCAUACCAUUUGCAAAAGUAGACAACCCAAGGUAUUGCAAAUGUGGUAUGUACAGUCUUUUUUAGUAGCCACUUAGUCACAAACACUGGCCAAAAUUGGCGUUCAAAUUAGUUUUUGCAUUUUCCACACACAGACAAAUAUUAACACUAAUUUUGGCCAGUGUUUGUAACUAAGAGGCUACUAAAAAUGACUGGACAUACCCCAUUUGCAAUAUCUUGGGUUGUCUACGUUUGCACAUAGUAUGCCAUCAUGGGGGUAAUUCUCAUUCCUGGGCUACCAUACUGUUUAAAAGGCGACGUAACCAAUCUGGCGAAUUUCAAUGUGAAAAAACUGAAAAAUGUAACAUGCUAUAUUUGAUUCUGUAACUUCCCAAAACACCAUAAAACCUGUACAUAGGGGUUACUGAUUUACACGUGAGACAUCGCUGAAUACAAAUAUGUGUAUUUUAUUGCAGUAAAACCAAACAUUCACAGUUAAAAUGUUAUGCAGAAAUAUUUUUUUAUAUAUAUAUUUUAUUCAAAUUAAAUUAUGUUUCAUCGCUAAAUAUUUUAAGUUUAAUGAAAGCCCUAUUUCACCUGAAUAAAAUGAUAUAUAAUAAGUGUAUAUGAAAGAGGUGAAUUACGGUUGAACAGAAAUAUAGUCAAAUUCCAAGUUUUGUUUACCUUUUAUUUUUAACCGAAAUGGGUACAUUUGGCUCAGUCCUUAAGGGGUUAACCCUUUAUCUUGUUAAGGAUGAAGACACGGGUUGAUUUAAAUAGGUUGCAGUGGAAGCUGUCACAACACUAGGUUGCACACUAGCACUGUAGGAGGUGUUGACUAAUCGUAAUUGGAAAAAAGGUGGUGGUGUUAAUAAUAAUAUCACUGGGUAAGCUACAUUUAGUUCUUGUAGGAGAUGAUGAUCCAACUGUUUCCAUUAAAAGAGACGAUUUUACUGCAGAUAGGGUUGGACAUAGACAAAGUGGCCAGUGCACACUAGGUGCAGAAAAUAGUACACCAUUGCCUCUUCUCUCCGGACUCUCCUCUUGUAAUUCCUCCGUAUAAAAGUCAAUUUCCUCCUAGGCCAGAUCUAAACAAAUGUCGCAAGUAGAGGAGGAAAGAGCAAAUUUCACCCCCACGACCACCAACAAAAUCAGACACUGGGAGCACUACUUCUUCAGCAAAAAGUGGUUUAUAUUAGUGAUGUCCCGAACGGUUCGCCGAACGGUUCGCCAUGGACUCAUCAUUGAGUAAACUUUGACCCUGUACCUCACAGUCAGCAGACACAUUCCAGCCAAUCAGCAGCAGACCCUCUCUCCCAGACCCUCCCACCUCCUGGACAGCAUCACUAAGAAUGCAGCUUCACAAUGAAUGUAAAAUGAGCUGUCCAGGAGGUGGGAGGGUCUGGGAGGGAGGGUCUGCUGCUGAUUGGCUGGAAUGUGUCUGCUGACUGUGAGGUACAGGGUCAAAGUUUACUCAAUGAUGAGUCCGCGGCGAACCGUUCGUGGCGAACCGUUCGGGACAUCACUAGUUUUGAUAUAACCGACAAAGUCUCUGCUGAGCUUUCUUUUAGUUGCUCAAUGGUGGACUGCUACCACAAAUAGGGGUAACUUAGGCAACGGCAACAAAUUCCUGGUUUUACAGAUCCCUUGCUCUGAGAAACAUAAAACAUAGAAGCUGUAAAGCUUGGACCAGUUGUGGUGGUAGGAGCAGCAGUGCCAGUGAAAGUGGCAGCACAAAUUAUUGCAGCACCAAAAUGCUGUGAAAAAUACAAUAAACUCCUGGAUAGUGAUUUAGACGUUACAGGUGUGCUGGUAAUCCCACUAUCCUGACAAUGAAUAUUACUAACAGCGAUGAUGGUGGCUGGAGUGCUGGAGUCAGUGGUGUAGGAGGUGUCAACAGUUCUCAUGGCCGUGGAAGAGGUGUUCAGUAUUUUACAGGCCAUGGCACUACUGCUCAUGGUGGCUUGGGGAACGCAACCCCUCCUCUCACCCUUCCUCAGUUUCUUCUUGGCAUUAGGAUGCAACAUUGAUGAAGGUGGGUUUGUUUUUCUUAUUACAGUAACUUAGGAAUAUAAAUAAUCAUUUAUUGUGUGAUCUAACACAACUUCAUUCAGUGAAAAUAAGUGUUCGUGCUGCAAAAUGGGUUGGUGCUUGGUCAAUUUACUACUAUGAUAUUAUUGAGUUUGACUUUAAUAAACUCUACACUGCAUACAGAACAGUCACUGCACCGUGCUCACACACACCCACAACAAGCACACCCAUAAAUAAAUCAAUAUUUUCUUUUUACAAACAUGAAAAAAAUAUCCUGUCAAUUUGUAAAUUGUUUAUUCCAAGUUGGUGUUAAAGGGACACUAUAGUCACCUAUACAACUUUAGCUUAAUGAAGCAGUUUUGGUGUAUAGAACAUGCCCCUGCAGCCUCACUGCUCAAUCCUCUGCCAUUUAGGAGUUAAAUCCCUUUGUUUAUAAACCCUAGUCACACCUCCCUGCAUGUGACUUUCACAGCCUUCAAUAAACACUUUCUGUAAAGAGAGCCCUAUUUAGGUUUUCUUUAUUGCAAGUUCUGUUUAAUUAAGAUUUUCUUAUCCCCUGCUAUGUUAAUAGCUUGCUAGACCCUGCAAGAGUAGUGUUCCUUUAAGUGACAGUAUCUAUCAGUAAGACACUGCACUAACCAUAAUCACCAGUGUCACACUAGAAUGAAUGAAGCAGGCUAUCUACCAGUCAAAGUUUGUGUGAGUGACAAUGUGGCAGCAACUAGGUAAGUGGAUUUAUUUUUAAUUUUUUACUGAACAGCACACUUUCCAAAUAAGGAUUUUAUUUCUUCAAUCACUUAAAUACACUUUUAAAAACUGUAAAUAGGUAACCAAGAUUUACACUAGGAUCAAUGUACAAUGCCAAUCUCCUAUCACCAACUCAAAGUUGUUUUAAGUGCCACUGACUGUCACGGGUUUGGGGUGAAUGGGCUCGGUAUGCAGAGAUUUUAUACAGACCCAGUCACUGAAUUAAAAGGUUUUAUUUUGAAAACAUAUAAAUAUGAUGCAAAAGUCCCAAUGCAAGCAUAAACACUAAAUAAAGCAAUUCCUUCAUAAGAAAUAAAAGUCUUUAAGGAAAAAUAAAGUAUUUUCCCAGUGAUCCAGCACAUGGCAAAUGAAGAAACACUUGAUUGAAGCUGUAGUUGAAUUGCAGGAGAUAGAUCACAGCUGGGACAGCGUUGCUGGGGUUAACCACAGUAGAAACAGCACUGCAGGGGUUAACCAUGGUUGAAUCAGCGUUGCAGGGGUUAAUCAAGGUUUCAGGCAGUUUUCAGACAGACAAGAGUUGAUUCAGGGAAUCCACAGUCAGGAGCUGGCCCUGUACUCCAGGGGAACAACAAAACAACUGAGCACAGACCCUAGGGUGGUCUGUGCUUAAAUAGGGGAAAGGGAAUUGCAGCCCACCCAUGAGGAGGGGUCUAAGGGCCUAUGAAGGCUCCUCUGGGUAACAGAGUGUCCCCACCUCCCUAUGUGGGUGCGUGGGACGCUAUGUCAGUUUGUGCAUUUAACUUGCAAACUUCCAUGCUUGCUGAGCUGGAUUCCCCAGGGCUUUGUCACCCUAAGGAGAUCGUGGAGCAGCAUGGGGAACAAACACAUUACCCAACAUGCCCACAGGAGGAGAGGUAGGGGUAAGGGUAGACAGGGUGUGCCUUCUGGAAACAGGACAGGCAGAGCAGAGCAGGCCUCUCUGGAAACAGGACAGGCAGGGCAGAGCAGGCCUCUCUGGAAACAGGACAGGCAGUGCCGUGAGACUGAGAGACAAUUGCUAUGCUUCUAGCUAGGUUGAUAGAUACAGUAGUGCCUUAAAUCUCACACUAAUAUCAAUUACACAAUUAUAAUCUCCUAUCUUCAAUUCAAUGUUGUUUCAAGUUGCAGUAUGUAGCUAGGUAGAUACAGCAGAAAGCUAAACCUAGUCUCACACUAGAAUUAAUGACACAGACUAUCUAGCACUCCCAUAUAGGCUCAGCAACCGUAAUGCACCCAGAAUUACUUCUGGUCUGUCCCUCUCAAUAGCUGAAAGUGUCUGGAAAAAGCCUGCUUAGAAGUAUAGAUUUUUUUUUACUUCACAUUUUUUCUCUAUUGGUCAGUUGUCACUGGAUUUGUGAAAAUCAACAUUUCCCUAUCGAUCAUCUUUUUUUCUACCACUUGUUUGGACAGGAGGUAUAACCCACAUAAAUGGGCAGACCUUUUGUUCAUUAUGUCAAACUAAGCUGCUUAUUUACCCCUACCAAACCAAACAAACAAAAAAUAGACUCUUAUCCAUUCCCUCCCCUUUUUCUUGGUGCCAGGAAUGGCUCUCUGAAUCAUCAAUCGAAGUGAGUAUGUUUGGGCAUUGUGCAAUCUGUUUUUUCAGAGAUUCUGGCACUUGGCGGUUCAAAAAUUGGAAUUUCAGCCAAUUGGCCAGAAUUUGGAUGAUUUGCAGUUCAGACAGAAAUUAAUAUCAGAGUCUAGUUUGUAUUAACCACUCCAUUGAAGAAAACAGAUGUAAAUCUUUCUAUAAAUUAUGUAUAAACUAUUCUAUUACCCUUAUUGAUUUUGUAGCCAAUCAUUAUAAUGUUUUUAAUUUCUCUAAAAACUCUUUCAAAUAUUUCACUGUAAAUUUAAAGGUAUACUGUAGGUAUAUAGCCAUUUAAUCUCAAUACAUUAGUUAUACUGCCUGGAGCCUAGUGGUGCUGUCCCUCCAUUCUGGAUUAAACCAUUUUCACAGUUUAGCCCUAAAUAAGGGGCCUUGGCCACAAAAAGUCCAGCUCCCACUGGAGGUCUGACUAAGAAAGAAAUCACAUACUUCAUUCUAGACAUGCCAAUUGAUACAAGCAAUGAGCACUGUGAUAGGCUGAAGAAAGUCAACUGAUAUUCCUCAGAACCCAUUGCUGCUCAGGCUCAUGCUUGCUUAUUAGCACAGGCAGCAUAAAGUAGAUGGACUGCUGAGCACUCGCAUUUAUCAUUAAAACAUAAAACCCUUUAAGGGAACACUAUAGGGUCUGGAACACAGAUAUGUAUUCCUGACCCUAUAUUGUUUAAUCCACCAUUCAGGUGGCUUGCCUCUCCUUAGCCCCCUUAGAAAAAAAAAUUUUUUAGGUGGAGUUAUGUUUUGUAGUACUGGGAACAGGGGACAGAACGCAGUGCUUCUACCCCCCAACUGCCGUGACUUGACUGGGGUCCUGGAACCUCCCCGUCUUGGAGAAGGCUAGGGGACUUGCUCUAUCCACUCCCAGGGACUGGACAACACACAGUCCUGGGAGCUGGAGUCCUUACAAGGACUUUACCUGCUAAAUCCUCCACGCUUAAACAAGCUGGAACAGUGAUUAGCCUUUUCCCCUCCCAGUAACCAGACAACACAUAGUUCUGGGAGUACAAGUUGGAAUGCUUUAAUCAGGCCAAAGGGCCUGCUUUUAUACAUUUCAGUCACAGCAAACCCGCCCAGGGCACUCCCACAAACACACCCACAAAAUGUUCAGUGUUACCAUGACUCAGCCUUAAAACAUAAAAUAGGAAAAACACAUCAAAAUACAUAUUUCCCACAUAGGAACCCCGACAGUAUAUAUUUCCCCGGAUAGCCUGGAUCUGAGCGCCCAACCUAUCCGAAAAGUGCUCAGAUCCCACGAACACAGAUUUAACAUCCCCGGGGUAAAGUUCUGACCGGUUGCACACAUGGUCCUAUGCCCAAAACAGUUCCAGGGCAUUUGGUGCUUUUGCAAAUUUGGGAGUUCCAUGCAAAAGAAAUACCGAAUGCACACUCUGGCUUUUUGGUAGCGUUUGUUCGUUGGGUUUAUACAAACGGCGCUCUCCUGAUAUCUGUGGGGAAGAAGCAGGCGUUUGUCAAAGUUCAGCAGUGUUCUGGAAUUUCAGUGUCCGAGUUCCAUGCAAUCGACUCCUAAACACCGCUGCCUGCAUUCUCUUUUCUACACAUCCCUCUCAAUAAAAGUGAUAUCCUGCUCAGAGCGACUUACCUUUCAUAGUUUGCUUUAUUUGCAAAGACUGUCACAUGACAUUAUUUUUCUAUUUAACCCCUUCAGGACGGAGUCAAUAGUACACGUUCUGAUCAAAACAAAACCUGGAAUUUGCGCUAUAUGUCUGUUCAACUGUAAUUCACCUUAUUUUAAAUGCACCCACACUUAUUACAUAUCAUUUUGUUCAGGAGAAACUGGGCUUUAAUUUCUCAUGAACUAAUCAUAUUUGAAACAUAAUUUAUUAUGAAUAAAAUUUAAAAAACUGUGAGAAAUUAAGAUUUAAAAAAAAAAAAAUUGUAGACAUUUUAGCUGUAAAUGUCAUAAUACCGUUAGCUUUAACUGCAAGAAAACACAUAUUUGGAUUCAGCAGUCUCAAGAGUACAACAGUACCCCCCAUUAACAGUUUUUAUGGUGUUUUGGAAAGUUAAAGGGUCAAAUAUAGCACAUUCCAUUUUUCAGUUUUUUCAAAUUGAAAUUCGCCAGGUUUGUUAUGUUGCAUUUAAGACCGUGUGGUAGCCCAGGAAUGAGAUUUACCCCCAUGAUGGCAUACCAUUUGCUAAAGUAGACAACCCAAGGUAUUGCAAGUGGGGUAUGUCCAGUCUUUUAUAGUAGCCACUUAGUCAUGCUGGCCAAAGUAAGCAUUCAUAUUUGUUUUUGUGGGAAAAAAGCAAAAAAACUAAUAUUUAGCCAGUGUUUGUGACUAAGUGGCUACUAAAAAUGACUGGACAUACCCCAUUUGCAAUACCUUGGGUUGUCUACUUUUUCAAAUGGUAUGCCAUCAUGGGGGUAAUUCUCAUUCCUGGGCUACCAUAAGGUCUCAAAUGCAACGUAACCAAUCUGGCAAAUUUCAAUGUGAAAAAAAUGAAAUGCAAGCCUUAUAUUUGACUCUCUAACUUUCCAAAACACCAUAAAACCUGUACAUAGGGGGUACUGUUAUACUUGGGAGACUUCACUGAACACAAACAUAAGUGUUUCAAAACAGUAAAACAUAUUACAACAGUAAUAUCGUCAGUAAAAGUGCCGUUUGUGUGUGAAAAAUGCAAAAAAAGUCACUUUUACUAAAUAUAUCAUCGUUGUAAUUCAAUUUAUCAUUUUGAAACACUAAUAUUUGUGUUCAGCGAAGUCUCCUGAGUAAAACAGUACCCCCAUGUAAAGGUUUUAUGGUGUCUUGGAAAGUUACAGGGUUAAAUAUAGCGCGUGCGAAUUUAAUUCUCUGCACUUGCUGCCUGGGUUGUCAGACACGUCAGUCAUUAAUUAAACCACAUAAUUAUGUUAAAAUAUUACUUAAGCAUUCACGUAGAAUUUUUAUAUAUAUAUGCAUAUAUAUGUAUUUAAAUUCUACGUGUAUACUUAUGUAGUUAUUCAUGUAAUUAUAUAUAUUUAUCUAUAUAUAAAUAUUUGCAGUUAUUUGUAUUUUAUAUAUAGAUAGAUAUACAUAGAAUAUCAUUCUAAGUGUUUUUUUGUUACCAAUAUAUAUGUAUUAAUAACAAAAUACAGUUAGAAUGAGAUUACAUAUGUAUAUAUAAUUUAUUUAAAUUUAAAAAAUAUAUAUUUUAUUUAUUUUAUUAUUUUAUCUAUUUACUAUUGUAAUUAUACGUAUAUAUAAACAUAAUAUAUAUAUAUAUAUAUAUAUAUAUGUAUUAUAUAUAAAAUAUAUAUCUUAUAUAUAUUUAACGUCAUUCUAAGUGUAUUUUAAGAUUAAUAUAUGUACUUAUAUUAACAUUAAAGGACCACUCUAGGCACCCAGACCACUUCAGCUUAAUGAAGUGGUCUGGGUGCCUGGUCCUUCUAGGGUUAACCCAUUUUUUCAUAAACAUAGCAGUUUCAGAGAAACUGCUAUGUUUAUGAAUGGGUUAAGCCUUCCCCUAUUUCCUCUAGUGGCUGUCUCAUUGACAGCCACUAGAGGCGCUUGCGUGCUUCUCACUGUGAUUUUCACAGUGAGCACGCCGUCCAUAGGAAAGCAUUGAGAAUGCUUUCCUAUGUGACCGGCUGAAUGCGCGCGCAGCUCUUGCCGCGUGCGCAUUCAGCCGGGUGGAUCGGAGGAGAGGAGGAGAGCUCCCCCCAGCGCUGGAAAAAGGUAAGUUUUACCCCUUUUCCCCUUUCCAGAGCCAGGCGGGAGGGGGUCCCUGAGGGUGGGGGCACCCUCAGGGCACUAUAGUGCCAGGAAAACGAGUAUGUUUUCCUGGCACUAUAGUGGUCCUUUAAAAUACAUUACGUUAAAAUACUUUACGUAUCACGUUACAUAUAUAUAAGAUGUAUAUAUAUCAGAUAUAUAAUACAUAUAUUAUAUAUAUAUAUAUAUAUAUAUAUAUAUAUACACAUACCAAAAAGUAAAAGUCUCUGGGGUGGUCUUCCUUGGAGUUCCGAACUCCAAGGAAGACCACCCCAGAGACUUUUACUUUUUGGUAUCUGUAUAUACAGUUUUACUUUGCUUAAUUGUUUUUUUUUUUUUUAAUAAAUUGUUACUUUUACCUUAUACAUCUGGUAGUGGAUCUUCAACUGCUUCCUGCAUUUUCUAAAGAAGGGUAGUGCCUCCCUUAAAGGCACCACACGCUUAUACAUAGAGCCUAGUACAAUUGGCUCUAUUCCAGGUGAGCACAUUCAUGCACUGUUAUAUGUGACCACUUGUUUAUUUUAAACAUACUUGCACUAGGAUUUUUGUCCUUUUUUAUCCACAUAUGUUGUGAGCUGUAUAUCUGGAGAAGGUCUGGUAUUACCAAACAUACCUCAGCUGUUGUGAUUUGAGCCAAUCUCCAGGCUCUUUACCAUGUGAGUUGGACAUACAUCUUCUUCCACUCCAUUCACACCUUACAAGCAUACUGCACCAUGAUGUGUAUUUUCUUGUUGUAGAUUUUAUUAUGCUGUCUGCCCCUUAAAGUGAUAUAUACGUUAUUCCAAUAGGGGUAAGAAUUUGAUAUUUAGCGCUCCACUGAGUGAUCUUUUGGUGGUAGUACGAUCCACUAAGUUCACUUUUUUCUUUCACAUUGUGUUUGUGUAGGAUUGGGAUACCUGCAUGCGUGUUUGAGCUGCUGUUCUAUUUAUAUAUUAUUGUUAAGCGCCUAAUUGCACAGAGCACCUUUUUCAUAUAUAUACACACAUUUAUUUUAUUUUAAAACAUGUUUAAUUUUUUUUUUUUACUUUCCCACCAGCAGGGGGACUGUCUGACAUUUCAAACAGUCCCCCUGCUGGCAGAUUCACAGCCAGCUAUAGGGGGCCAUGUGAUCGCUCUUUGAGAGCGAUCACAUGGCCCCCCGGGGGCCUCAUUUGCCAGGGGAGGGCUGUCUGGGCUGUCAGGCAGUCCUCCCGAAGAGGAUCACGGCAGAGGUAAGUCCACCGGAGCUCCUGGGGCUGAAAGCUGUUACGGCGUUCUAUGCCACCGCAACGGCUUUAAAGCCCAUUUAAUGCGAGGCGGCAUAGAAAGUCGUAACGGACCACUCUACACCCCAAAUCCUCUUCAGUUUGCUGAACUCCUUUAUUGGUAAGGAGUAUCCUAGUUUAACCCCAGUUUAUAAAAGCGAUGAGAAAUCAGCACUUUUAUAAAUUAACCAGGGAUCCAAUCAAUCAGUCAGGGAGGAUUUCUUCCUACUUCCACUAGCUCCCCUGAGCAAACAGAAGUGGCAGGAACGCUCUACUUGAAGGUGCCUACCUCACAUACCUCAGAUCAGCACUUCGGCUCCAGACGAACCGGUGCGCUUCCAAGCAACGUUGUGCACGUGGGGACCAAUUUCUUAUUGGUUAUUUCCCUGUGAAGAGCCUGGAAGUCCCUUUUGGGAAAAAAGGUGAGGGCCUAUAAAUGCUGCAGUCAAAGGAACUGCAGCUUUUGUAAGCUCUUUUGAACUAUGCUCCCAAUGAAUACAUACAUACUAUGCAUACAUGUAUUAUUUGAGGGAAUAUCUACUAAAUUGUGUGGGUUUUUUUUAGGUUUUUUUUUUUUUUUUUAAAGGACCAAACUUCUGGAAUAAAAGGGAAUCAUGACAUGUCAUAUGUCACACAUGUCAUGUGUCCUUAAGGGGUUAAAGAGAAAUGGACUCAGGACCAAAUAUUUUCAGGUUUAUUUACUAAAGUUAGAAUUCAAAGUCAAAUAAAAGUGAACUGCAAAUUUAAGGUCAAAACAGAGAAUCUGAAAAAUUUGCUUUGUGCUUUGACUUUGGCUACUCUUAUUCACUUUGAAUACACUUCGAAUUAUCACUUUAGUAAAUAAAGCUGUAAGACACAAAAAUAUUCAUAAUGAAAAUUGUGUAGCUGCUUAAAACAUUUUUCCAUAAAAAAAAAAAAAAGAACUACAUUUGUUGUCUUAUAUUAAGCUUAAACAAGGACUCUAUAUUUUAUCCACCCUGGGCUUCCACUGCCACAGUGAAGGCACAACUUGCUGCUUCCUGUAAAUAGGAAUAAGAGCCAUUGCGGCAUUCAAUGUCUAGCAAAACCCUUCUUGAAUCUUGAGUUCCACAUGUAACCUUUUCCAACACAGGUCUAUUAAAAGGCAGCUCCACCAUAUAUGUAUCAGUGAAUCCAACAUCUCCACAGUGCCACCAGCAAGCAUCAGGGAUAAUCGGGAUGGACAUAUGAAUCCACACUGGGGUUCAAUACAAUCGGGAGAUAAGCUUAAACCUUUUUUACAGUUUUUUUGAGAACUUUUUUAAAUGGUUAAUCAAGUUGUAUAAAAAAAAAUAAAAAAAAACAGACCAGCAGACAAAGACAUGUCAUAAAUAUAUUUUAAUUGAUGUUAAAAUUACAGAUUAAUCUGUUUUUACAACUUUGACUUCAUGUUCUUCAAAUUUCUCUCUGUCUUUUGUUUUGAUGAGUGAAAACGUUGAACUUGAUAAAAUUCUCUGCUUCAAAAAUAAAUACUUGCUCCUACGUAUGACGUUACCAUGAUUUUGAAAGGUACACAAAUAUGCAUGUUUUGUGUUUGUUCUCUUAUAAUGAUAAUUUACUAUGUUGAUUUUAGUCUUAUGUACUUAACAAAUCACUUACUCAGCAAAUUUGUGUUUUUUUUCGGGGUCAGCACUGAAUGGUAUCCUUUCCGGAACUAUUGUAUCUUUGUUGGCAACUUCCUUGUCUCAUUGAUUUUUUUUUCUUCCUGUCUCCCUCCUUCCCAGUAAUGUCUUGAAAGUGAAGCUUCCAGGAAUUGUUAUUUUCAGAUGAUCUUUUUUACUCUUGCCCCUGACCUAUUAGAAAGUUAGUUAUGUUGAAUCACUUUCCAUACUCAACUCAACACACAAUUUCUGCUCUCAGAUUAAUAUAUUUGGGGUCCAUUUUAUUACAGAUUAAUAACAGAUUACAAAAUCGGUGAAAAUAGAUUUUAUCUCUUUAAGCACUAUUUUCCCUGAGAAUCUCCAGCUAAUUAAUAGUUAUAAGGCAGACUUCAACGUAAAAAAAAGUUGCCUGGAUCGGAGAUAACAUUUUCUAUGUGAAAUAGCUAUUUUUGCAUAGAAAAUAAAAUUUUACACAGAAUAAUGGGAAUCACCAUUAAACAAGUUAAAACCAUAAUACUAGAUAUAUAGUUUAUGAAAAAGUGCUGGUUUAUUAAUUCCAAAAACAGAAACCUGACUUACUGUAAAUUCAUAUUUAUUUAUUUUUAGUAAUAGGGGUAGUAAACAUGUGUAUUUGUUCUACCAGGGAAUGGGUUAGACAAAAAUGUCAAUAUUUUUUUCCCAUCUCCUGCAUUCACUAUAUAACCUUAUUAGGUCCCUAGGAGCUCUCUUUCCCCAAACAUAUAACAUAUAUAAUAUACCAAAAUACAUGGGAUACAUCUAGAAUGAUUGCAUAUUAAAGGGUGGGUCAGGUCUUCUCUGGAACAACUUCUUACAGCACUUUUUAUGUCAAAACAAAUGCUCCAAUGAGGCCAAGUGUUUUGCCUAUAGUGUUUUGAACAGGAUGCAUGAAGGACAGUUUGCUUCCCUGCAGAUAUCAGGAUAUGCAAAUGCUUUUUACUUACCUGGAGGUAUUUGUGGAAGAGUCUCCAGGGUCAUUCCUUCACACUCUAGGGCAGAGCCCAGGCUUUAGUGAUUGUGCUCCACUUUUUUUAAUAAAUUAUUUCUCUGUGUUCUUGAUAUGUAAAGUGUGCAUUUUUUGUUUUAUUGAGACUAUAACUAAGGUUCAAAAUACAAAGUAUAUUUACAGUUUCAUGUGUGCUCUUAUUAUUAAUGUAUCAGUUUCUCUUGCUUGCAUUGCAAUGAUAAUGUCAGACAUCCCUCCAAUUUUCCCUCAUCUCAUGCCACCAUCGCUAUUCUUCCAUAUUCCCACAUUUCAUUUUAUAAUAGCCAGCUAGUCAUCCUCAUUGUUACAUCACAUGCCUGCAUAACCAGUCCUUCCCAUUCUCAUGCCACCAUUACCAGCCAACCCACCCCUUGCUAUCAUUGCCAGCCACCCGUCCUCAUUCCCACAUAUCAUACCACCAUAACGUGUCCUCCCCAUUCCCAUGUCUCUGUUGUUAGCCAUCCUCCUGUAUGCCAAUAUUACUAAGCCGACACAUUACAAUGGCACCUUCCUAUCCCAGUCUACCCCAUUUUCACAUCUAGUGCCAACCAGAUCUCCCCAUGCAGUCACUACAUGCAAGCCCUUCUAUACAAAUGUUACCAUUCAAAUGCCACCUUAGCCAGUCAGCCCUCCACAUGCGAUCAUAGUGAACUAGACUCCACAAUUUACUUGUCUUAUGCCACCAUUCCAGAUGUCCCUUGGUUUGAAGCAUACUCUAAUGUCUGGCAUGUGAAAAAUAAAAUAUAUUCUUCAGAAAUGCAAUCAAUUUACCGUCUUCCUGGGAGGCAGAAACAGAGCUAAGGAUUUUAGCAGAGGCAUACAGAAGGGGCUUCAACCGUAAAGGAAACCUUUUUUAAAAACAUUCAACAAUUUAGCAGAUAUACCACCAACAUAUAUCUAAUUUUUAUUGAAUAGGCAAGAGUUGAAUGUACCAAUAAAGAUAAAACAAAACUUUUAUUAGUAAUUAGAGUAAAAUGAUAGAAAAGAGAAUAUUCAAAUACUGUGCGGUAAGGUCUCCUUAUAUACAAUUAUACAGAAUUAGGUCUGGGUUGUUAGGUAUAUUCCAAAGUAAUGCGCAAUUAUACUCUUAAGCAUUUAGAUCUGUAUUCGUGCAGUAAGGUCUUCUUAUAAAGUCUCCUUAUUUGCAAUAGCACAGAAUUAUAUCAAGAUUAUUAGGUAAUGUUUUGUAUCAGUAUGCCAUUAAUGAUAGUGGACAGAAAAAACUGGCCUGGUAGAGUGGAAAAAAAGGAUUGAGCAGAGACAAUGUACUAGGGUUGCUACCCGUGGAACAGGUUACUAAUUCACAACAAAUCUCAACUAGUAUAAAUUCAGCCCCCAUGUUGGCUAAGAUAUCGUAAUGAAAAAUAAGAAUACUAAAUCCUAAACGUGCCAGGAGAUGAGUACUGAAAUACAACAGAUAAUCGAUAAUAUUGAAAUAAUUGCUAAAGUAGAUAAAGUAGAUAUAACCGUGACGCACAGUAUUGCAAAAAUAUAGAAACAAUCUUAUUAAUAUUUCUGCAUCGAUGCAAACACCACACAAAUACAGAUUUAAUUAUAUACAAGCAUAAUUGUGACACUAUUACCUAGGCAACAAAUUGCAUAUGAUUACGAUUGUCGUAUUACUAUGUGGGAAACACUACUAAUAGUAUACCAAUACAUGUGUGUAUAGACUUGUAUUUAAAUUUCGUUUUUUAACUUCACCUUGAGCACUAAAAUAUCACUUAAAUGAAUAUUUUCUCUCCGUUCAUUUUACUCUAAUUAUGUGGCUUUCCAAUCACAGACUUCCCAAUGCAGCUUGCAGAAACUGUAAAUCUUAAAAACCCUACUUUCUAACCCUGCCCUGACUUCCCAAUGCAGCGCAAUAAAAUAGGCAGAUACUCUAAACUAUUGCUGCCUCUCAAGUUUAGCUCUAGUGAGCAAAUAAAGACAACCAGGAAGUAACAGGACCUGUUAUCUGAUUGACAGCCAAAAUAGUGUAACUAGAUUAAUUUAAAACAGUGUCAGUUUCUAUUAAAAUCAGCACUUUUUGUAAAGUGAAAAAAGAGGACACACUCAACACUCAUAAAAACCAUGUUCCUUUUGGUGUUGCCUUUUGGUAUUCCUAACUCUUCUGGUUGGGACAGCUUGGUUCCAUUUAUUACAACUGAUAGAAGGAAAAAUAACCUGAUACCUGGGGUAUAAAAAUAAAAUAAAUAGCUCCUUAGUUGACAGAACCAUUUUCUGCUCCUGCCUACUUAAGUGGUCUUACUCAGUUACAAAUUUUUUUCAAAAUAAUCUACGUAAUGAAUAAUUCCAUUAAAUAUAUAUUUUUAAAGGAAACAGAAUAGUCUAUCUUAUGUCUACACAUCUAAACAAUCUUAUUUUUUAUUAGUUUUGUCUGAAAGAGAGAAUGUUGGAUGGUUAACUCAUCCACUUCGUUAUUAGAUCUACUGGGAGGAUGUUCCAUGCAUCUACAACUGUUUAUGAAAAAAAGUAUUUGUUGCUGUUACCUUUAUUUCUUUAAAGCUUCAUGGGUAGUUACCUAAUGUAUGUCAAAAAUAGUAUUCUCUGCUCUAGUACUUUGAUAAAUCUUUGAGUUUUUGUUAAAGGACCACUCUAGGCACCCAGACCACUUCAGCUUAAUGAAGUGGUCUGGGUGCCAGGUCCUUCUAGGGUUAACCCAUUUUUUCAUAAACAUAGCAGUUUCAGAGAAACUGCUAUAUUUAUGAAUGGGUUAAGCCUUCCCCUAUUUCCUCUAGUGGCUGUCUCAUUGACAGCUACUAGAGGCGCUUGCGUGCUUCUCACUGUGAUUUUCACAGUGAGAGCACGCAAGCGUCCAUAGGAAAGCAUUAUGAAUGCUUUCCUAUGUGACCGGCUGAAUGCGCGCGCAGCUCUUGCCGCGCGUGCGCAUUCAGCCCAGGAGGAGGAACGGAGGAGGAGAGAAGGAGGAGAGCUCUCCGCCCAGCGCUUGAAAAAGGUAAGUUUUUCCCCCUUUCCCCCUUCCAGAGCCAGGCGGGAGGGGGUCCCUGAGGAUGGGGGCACCCUCAGGGCACUAUAGUGCCAGGAAAACGAGUAUGUUUUCCUGGCACUAUAGUGGUCCUUUAAUGUUUCCAAACAUUCCUUCAUUGUCUUCCUCUUGCACAUUUUUGAGGAAGAUUUAUAUUUUGAGCCAAACCCAAACUUAAAUAACUUUUGAACAUUAACAUGAUCUUCUCUCCAACAAAGGAAUUCGCCUGCUGAUUUUAUUCAGAGGCAGCGCAGCUGCAACAGAUCCUGCCGAGACACGGCAUGUAUAGAAUAACACCAUACCAUAUUGCAUUGUAAUAACUGUCAGCAUGAUCAGAUAAUGAGUUCAUAGUGCAGCAUUUUUAUGAUCGGAUUCAUUCUUCAUUUUUAGAAUGCAUAAUUAUAAUAUUCUUUCUUUGAUGACAAAGACAUUAAAGCUAUAGGUCCAUAUUUACAAUUUACCCACUGUACCUUCUAGGACAGGUGUAGGCAACAUUUGGCACUUCAGAUGUUAUGGACUACAUCUCCCAUAAUGCUCUCACAACCAUAAUGCUAGCAACGUAUCAAGGGAGAUAUAGUCCCACAACAUCUGAACCACCGAAGGUCGUCUAUCCAUAUUCUGGAAAGAUGUCACUCUGGGUCUUUUUUAUGUCAUUCUAAUCUAUUACAUGAGUGUAAUUUUAUUAUUAUUAUGUUAUUAUUUAUACAGCGACAACAAAUUCCGCAGCGCUUUACAGUGGGUGGACAAACAGACAUGUAGUUGUAACCAGACAAGCUGGACACACAGGAACAGAGGGGUUGAGGGCCCUGCUCAAUGAGCUUACAUGCUAGAGGGAGUGGGGUAAAAUGACACAAAAAGGUAAGGAUAGUAUUAGACUAGUGACAGAAGAGGAAUCAGUCAGGUGCUAUUAACAGUUUAAUUGAUACGCUUUUAUGAAGAAGUGGGUUUUUAAUGAUUUUUUUUGUAGGAGUGGAGACUGGGUGAGCAUCUAAUGGAGGAGGGACGUGAGUUCCACAGGAACAGUGCAGUCUUGAAGGCGAGCAUCAGAGGUGGGAGUCUUCAGCAGAGAGUAAGGGCCUAGACGGGACAUACUUGUGUAUGAGGGAGGAUAGAUAGGUGGGAGCAGCAUUAUAUAGAGAUUUGAAAGCAAGAAUCAGAAUUUUAAAUUGAGCCCUAUAUAUGUUACAGGAAGCCAAUGCAGGGACUGACAGAUGGGUGAGGCAUGGGAGGUGCGGGCGGACAGGAAGAUGAGCCUCGCUGCCGCAUUCAUUAUGGACUGUAGCGGCGCAAGUUGGGAGCAUGUGAGACCACUGAGAAGCGGAUUACAGUAGUCAAGGAGAGAAAGGACAGUGGAAUGGACCAACACCUUAGUCGCAUCUGGCGUUAAGUAGGGGCAGAUGCGCACAUUGUUUUUGAGACGGAAAUGACAGGAUUUGGUGAUAGAUUGAACAUGAGGCUUGAAGGAGAGGUCGGAGUCAAAGAGAACACCUAGGCAGCGAGCCUGCGUGGUGGAGCUGAUGGUCGCACCGUUGACUUGGAGGGAGAUACCGUAUUUUCCGGUGUAUAAGACGACUUUUUACCCCUGGAAAAUCUUUUCCAAAGUGGGGGGUCGUCUUAUAGGCCGGGUAUGCUAAUGCUGCAGCUGCCUGAGCACUCUAUAGAGAGCGCUCAGACGGCUGCCGCACUGCCUCUCUUACCUCCUCUUCCCUGUGCAGAGUGGGUGGCCGAGCUCCUCUUCGUCCUGUCAGUGCGGCCGGGUACCGCGCGGUACAGGAGAUUCAGUUACCUGUUCCCGGCCGGACUGAAAGGAAGUGCACACUGAGUCGACUGACAGGACGAAGAGGAGCUCGGCCAGCCACUCUGCACAGGGAAGGGGAGGUGAGAAGGAGGGAGGGGGGAGUAAAAAGAAUGGAGGGUGGGGGUGGGGAGGAGGAAAAAAAUGGAGGUGGGGGGGUAAAAGAAUGGAGGGUGGGGGAGUAAAACGAAUGGAGGGUGAGGGUGGGGGUAGUAAAAAAAAUGGAGGGUGGGGGAAAAAAGAAUGGAGGGUGGGGUGGGGGAGUAAAAAUGGAGGUGGGAGGGACUAAAAGAAUGGAGGGGGGGUGGGGGGAGUAAAAAAUGGGGGAUUAAAAAAAAUGGAGGGGGGAUAAAAAAAGAAUGGAGGGGGGAUUAAAAAGAAUGGAGGGGGAUUAAAAAAGAAUGGAGGGGGGAUUAAAAAAGAAUGGAGGGGGGGAUUAAAAAAGAAUGGAGGGGGGAUUAAAAAGAAUGGAGGGGCUUUAAAUGCUAUUUCAGAUUAUCAUUAUUUAAAGGACCACUCUAGGCACCCAGACCACUUCAGCUUAAUGAAGUGGUCUGGGUGCCAGGUCCAGCUAGGAUUAACCCAUUUCAGAGAAACUGCUAUGUUUACAAAUGGGUUAAUCCUUCCUCCAAUUCCUCUAGUGGCUGUCUCAUUGACAGCCGCUAGAGGCGCUUGCGUGAUUCUCACUGUGAAAAUCACAGUGAGAGCACGCCAGCGUCCAUAGGAAAGCAUUAUAAAUGCUUUCCUAUGCGACCGGCUGAAUGUGCGAGCAGCUCUUGCCGCGCAUGCGCAUUCAGCUGAAUGGGAGGAACGGAAGAGGAUCGGAGGAGGAAAGCUCCCUGCCCAGCACUUGAAAAAGGUAAGUUUUUACCCCUUUCCUCUCCCCAGAGCCGGGCGUUAGGGGGACCCUGAGGGUGGGGGCACCCUCAGGGCACUAAAGUGCCAGGAAAACGAGUAUGUUUUCCUGGCACUAUAGUGGUCCUUUAAUGUUUUGCUGUGAAGCUCUGUCUGCUCACUGUACAUCAUUGCUAUUUUUCAUUUGGUGUGCAUUGGAAGAGGGGUAGUCUUAUACAGCGAGUAUAUCCCAAACUCUAUAUUUUAACUGGAAAAGUUGGGGGUCGUCUUAUACGCCGUAAAAUACAGUAGACACAGGAGUAACAACACUUGAGGGAGGAAAGACCAGAAUUUCACAGACACUGUUGCUGUUUCUUUUUUUCCCCUAUGUAGUUAUUUAUUACUUGUGGUCGUUUUCUUGGUGGUUUUUGCCUUGAAAAGUGAAGAAGGUGUCUAAGGUGUGGAACACUUUCUCCUGUAUUCCCCUGUGAGUGCAUUAUAGGGUUCAGUUUGCCGAAAAGAAAAAAAAAAUUGCUGCCCUCAGAGUUUGAUGUGCUUUUUAUUUUAGUGCAUGUUUAUAUUGUAUAUAAAGCUAUAGUAUUUUCAGGAAUUUGGAGGAGUCUUCCUUGCAAAAGCCUACGCUUUAUAAACAUCCUGGGGUUUGUUUAUUAAACAUUAUUAUUAUUAUUAUUAUUAUUAUAAGUUGUGCUGAAAUGAAAAAUGUAUUCUAAAACGUAUUGGCCAAAGUAGCCAUAUUGAAGAAGUUCUUGUUUUUAAUUAGUUUUUCCAACUUGGAUAACAAGACUUUACAUUUUAAAUGUUGUAUUCAUUUUAUCACAAUUAACUUAUUUAGUGAAUUUUAUUUCCAGUCUCCUGGGAUAAAACACAAUUUAAAAAUAGAUGAAUUAAUAUCGAUAUAUAUGUUUCAUCAAAUUUUAUUUCUGUAGUAUAGUUGUUAUCAAAUCUCUAAUGUAUUGUGCAUUGUAGAAAAUAUGGCAUCUUUUACAAAACAUUUUAACCCUGCCUGUUAAUUAAUAAAAACUUUUUAAAAAAAGACUAUUCAGAUGCACAGAUUUAAGAAAAAAAUAGAAAUUUUCAGUCCAUAAAAAUUAAGCAAUUGUUUAAUGUUCCUUUAUCCCAGUACGUGAUUUCAGUCUCUAAAGAGCUUAUUUAUAUCCAGAUUGUAUUUAGCUGUAUUUCAUGAUAUCUCCACUGGACAAAGAGUCAGAUUCAGUAAGUCGCUCGGAGAAUCUUAGAGUGUGCUUGUGUUUGCAGAGAGGAUAUCCUGACCAGCAUAGCAGAAGCAAUGUUUGCGUAUCAGGAAUCAUUUCCUGAAGAGAAGGGUUACUAACAAGUGUAAAAUAAGCCAUCUCAUUUGGAGUAGAGGAGGUUUGCAGAUCACCAGGGAUACCUGGAUAGUCUUCUGUUUUAUCAGCAGGUAAGACCUAACUUAGAACCUACACUAACUCUAUAAUCUACUAUAGACAGCACUGCAAAUUGUUCAGGUAGAGUGCAUGUACUCCUGUACACACUGUUUUACUACGUCAGUCUGAUGAAAUAAUCUGUUUUACAGUGUGUCGGGCAGUUAACAAUGCUGCUAUUAUAUAUACAGACCUCUGUGCAGUCAGACUAAAGUAGAACCUUAGUUAACUUGUUUUCGGUUCUUUGUUUCCCAGUGUGAAAGAGUCAACACUGAUGAUAUUUAAUUGACGAUAAACAUGUUUAACCCUGGUGGAAAUGCAGUGUGUUGUUAGGAAGUAGGACUCAUAAAGACAGGACAUCGGGAAAUAUCAGUGUGUCUAAUAGAAAUCCAGGACUGGGUCCUUUGUUCCAUCAUUACCAUAAAGAAUAAAUGACCCAGUCCCAGUAAAAAAAUAAAUAAAUAUUUUCUUCAAACCAUGUGUAGUUUUUAUGUUUUUGUUAAAUUAGUAGAUACAAUUUUACAUAUGAUGAUCUGAAUAUGAAAGGGGAAUUUAGAACACAUUGCUAGUUAUAACUGAUGCCUUAGAUAAUUUUGAUUCCCCAAUAAUUAUCGUUUGAUUCUCAUGCUUUGGGUUGGCUAAGCAUUAAGUAGACAUUGUUAACACAAAGGAUAAAAAUCAAACUAUUGUUUAUUGCGCAUGCUUUGUCGCACCUGUUGGCACAAGCUUUUCACAUGCAGGCAUAUUCUUUGCCUUUAAAAUAACUGUAUCACAGCGGAGAGACCAAAUACCUAACUGCUGUGGUUAUUAUAUCUGUCUGAUGUAACAUACAGCAUGUUUUAGACAGUAUAUGUCACUAUACCUGGACCUUUUAUUGUCAGGUGUUAUAGUUCUGGGAUAGGCAACCUUUGGCAAGCCAGGUAUUGUGGACUACAUCUCCCAUAAUGCUUGUACAACCAUAAUGCUGGCAAAGUAUCAUGGAAGAUAUAGUCCACAGCAGGUGGAGUGAUGAAGGUUGCCUGCCCCUGAUUUAACAGCUGUGUAGUCCAUAGUGAAUGUCUGAAUUUAGGACUGUGUCGGUACCAUAAUAUGGAUGAAUUCUUUUAGUUUCUGAAUAGACAUGUUUUUGUGGGGAAAAAAAACAAAACACAUUUUCUGCCUUUAAAAAAAGAUCAUAUUAUUCCUCAAGCCAAUCAGAUAUAAAUUAUCUGCAUUUUUUAUUCUAUAAAAACAGAUUUUUUCAUAUUAAAUGUAUAUUUGGUACAUAUCGGCUUAAUAAUUGAAUAUUAGUCAUGAAGGAGACUUUCCUUGCUGCAGAUAACAUAAAAAAUACAAAAGAAUAAUUUAAAUUUAGAGUAUUUAAAAAAAUAAUAUAUAUAUAUAUAUGUAUAUAUAAUUAUAUAUAUAUAUAUAUAUAGAUAUAGAUAUAUAUAUGUAAACUUUUUUAUAAAUAUAAAUAUAUAUAGAUAUAUUUAUAAAUAAACUUUUUUCUAAAUAUAUAUAUAUAUUUAUUUAUUUAUAAAAAAAAAGUUUACGAGGAAGGAUAUAGUGAGAUUUAUCUUGUUUUCAAGUAUGCCAAAAUACAGAAAGAAUAUUAAUACACAAUAUAUACAAAAUUUUUAUGUUUACCGAUGUGUUUCUUCACAAUGUUUUCUCACAAAAAAAAAAAAAAAUGUGCUGGUACUCACCAAUAAUUGUUAUAACUGAGCUUGUGGACGCUAUUGUGGUCAGUCAAGCAUGUACAGUGAAUUUUGAGCACAACAAAAUAAAGAAUUUAAAAAAUAUAUAUAUAUAUACAAAAUUUAACAUAGAACAGGUAAGAAGUAUAUAAUCAACCAUGACAGGUGCAUUCUGUUUUGAAAUAUGUAGAGAGUAUUCUCUCAAAGGAUUUCAGGCUGGAGGAAGAUUUGAAAGUGUGUGGGAGGUCGUUCCAUAAUUCCAUAAAACUGAAUGUCCAUUUGAGAUGUCCAGCUGUAUUUUUACAGGGCUUUAUAUGUGUAUAACAAGACUUUAUUCAUAGUUGCCAACAGUCCCGAAUCUGGAGGGACAUUCCCAAAUUCCAUCUCUGUACAACCAUGACUUUUUCUGUGGUUAAACGAAACAUGAAUCCCAUCUCUUCAGGAAAGCUUAUGGCCUCCCAGAGUAAUCUCUACCUUACAUACCUGUCUCCUGCUCUCUCCUAUGGGACAGUGCUUUGCUCUCUCCUCCAGCUCUGCUUCACUCCUACUUGAUAUUCCAUGUCCUAAUGUUUCGAAUUCCCUACCUCCUAUAGUCUGUAAGCUCGUUUGAGCAGGGUCCUCUUCAACCUAUUGUUCCUGUAAGUUUUCUUGUAAUUGUCCUAUUUAUUGUUACAUCCCCCCUCUCAAAAUAUUGUAAAGCGCUACGGAAUCUGUUGGCGCUAUAUAAAUGGCAAUAAUAAUAAUUAUAAAAUACGCUUGUGGUACAGCAGGCUUUAUCAUCAAAUCUGGAGCACAUUUCUAUCAUAUGGUUUGGGCAGUCCUGCCUUGGUCUAUAUUUGUGCCAGUCAUGGAUAAAUUGACACACCAUUGUGCUACCCCUACCAACCUCUCUCCCAUCAAUGCUUAAUGCCUAACAAUGUUAUUUGAUCCAUGCAUAGUUUCAUUCAUGAAAAACAUGAAUUAAACUGCACCGCAACCUAACAGUAGGCACCAUGCAACUGCUAUAAGCUUCACUCACAUUUGAUGAAUAAAUCUAUUCGCAGCAGAGCAUGCUAUGCAUUCUUGCUUAUAAACAGCUAUAAGGUCCACCAUUCACCCACUAUACAUUCACACAUUAUCUAUUACAGUCAAGUUAAAGAAUAUCUUCUUCACGUGGCUUAAACAGUGGUGAAGGGCACAGUAUUUGCAAAUUCCUGCAGCUAAACUGAAUAGGAUGUCAGAAGAAAGGAACAGGGAGUUCUUUAGAUCAUAACCUGUUGAAGAAGAAUGUGGUUAAGGAGAAUAGGUAAAUAGGAUGUGGAUUUCAGGGAGUUAAUUUAGGUUACCCUGAGAGUCACUUUUAAUAAGUGUUCACGUACAGUAAAGUCAUAAACAACAUAUUUAACCUAUUUAGGGCAGAUAAGUUAAAUAAUUGUAUCAAGAAACUGAUUUCUGCAAUGUUAGGUAAAUAAUAUGCCUUAACAGAUCUUAAACAUGUCAAAAAAUAGGUUUGUUUUUAUGAAUUAUUUAAAUUAAGGACACUGGCUUUUGGCAUUAAAUAAUAAGAACAGAAAUUGAACCAUAGCAUUGAUAAUAGCAUAUUUAUAUAUGGGCAUCAGCUCACAGAUGGCUUAGUAUAGUGAAAAGGGGGGGGGCGUGUCCUGACAAUACAUGUGAACGGUCGCAUAUCUCUUGUGCUCCCGACAUCUCGAUAAAAAAGAGCCGACCUUAACCCAAAACUCACUCCGAUAGGUAACAAAAAUAAGUCCUUGGAAUCUUAGGACCAUCUGGAACCAGGUUCCAGUAAAAAAUCUGGGGAAUUGGAUCACUACUUCAGGGAUAAAGUCACGUCAGCUUUGGAUAGCAAUGGGUGGCGGCCUCACUACCCUCCGAUUCUCCACCACGAAUCCCAGCACUCUCAGAAUGAUCAGUGGCAUCUAAUAAGAUACUUACUACAGAAUCUCCCCAUCAAGACUGACUUAGCCUCAAUGUUGGCGCGACUGGAAGCUUCUAUGCAGGGUCAUAUCUCCAACCUCGUGAAAGAUGUCUGCCAUAUUGGACACAGGGUGGGGGAACUUGAGGAGGUAAAUCUUCAAACGCAAGCAGCGUUUAAAGCAAUUGAACACAUACAAGAGGCAUUGGAAAACAAAUGCCUUAAUGUGGUAAAGAACACACCGAGGGAUGUCAUUUGCAGAGUGCGUUAUUAUAACCUAAAAGAAGACAUUCUCUGCCAAUCCAAAGACUCACCAGCUCUGCGGAAAAACAAUAUCAAUAUACAAAUUUUCCCAGAUCUGGCGAACGACGCUGCAGGGCUCUACGCCCAAUUACCAUGAUACUCCAAAAAAGGAACGUUGGGAUACUCGUUUUCUUUAUCAGUACAACAUGAUGGCACAACUAUCAACUAUUAGAUCAGUGGCGGAUGUCCCAGAGUUCCUGCAACACUUUGACCUACCUUAGAUGAGGAUCCAGGACUGGUAUAUGGAACCCCAGCAGCUUGUGGCACCAGCCCAACCCCAGAGGCAGAGGUGGAAAUCAUCUUUGGCACAGAAGAGGUCCACUCCUAAACAGCAGUCCCAAGUACCUAGCACUAGGGCUAGGCAUGAAUCUACAACAACAUGAAGCCCCCAAGUGGGUGAUGAGGGACACACUUUUAAAUUGCUCCGAGGAUGUGAGGACUGAGAACUGGGGAGCAAAGACUUGUUGAUAUCCCCAGAAGGUCUCAGUGAUUCUCACUGAGGUUGCCGUUUCUCAUACUCCGCAAGAGAUCCUAAUGUUAUAUGGUAUUGUAUAAAAUUCCAAUUAUUAUUCCGUGGGUCGAAAUACCCAUUAGACCCAGGUGGAAGUCCUUUUACUCACAGCCCACCUUUAAGAUACUGAGAGGGCCCUCUCCUCUAACAACUCUAGAAUCUGGAGUAUACCCCCUUCUUCCUCCUAGGCAUAAGGGAUUUUAACAUACCCUCCAAUCUCUCUGAGUACAUGGCUAAGACUCGGGACCGACUCAUCCCCUCCCUUCCUAAGAAGGUCGUUGUGGUUUAGCGGCACGGCUCAAUUUCAUUCUGGAGGGAUGUCGCUUGGGGAAAUAUGCUAGGGCAUUGGGAUAAGGGACCACCUGUUUGUGUACAUAUGUUAUGCUUUACGUUGUUAUAGAAGGGAAUAAGGGGCACAUGGGGGCCGGAACUCCGAACUCCGUACAAUAGGGACUACCCAUGGGCACUGGUGUCUGAUAAAUCCAUUGGUUCAGUAGACUGCACUAGUUGCACAUAUCUCUGGCUUUUAGAAGCCCCAUGGCCGUUGGCUACGAAUACCAAUUGUAAUUAAGAUCGGAUGUCGGGAGUGCUUGGGCUGAUUUGAACAAGCUGUUGACUUAUUUUUUAUUUAUGUUUUCUUUAUACCAUAGACCGAAUUUAAUGUUAAUGUCUAUCUAGCACUCCCCCCAUAUAUACUUAGUACGAGCGGUGUAUCUCUCGCAUCUUUACUGCGUUUAUUUUUGUUCAUCUAUCCCGUUUCCAGCUGGACGGAAUUCGAGAUUGACAUCGACUUUAAAUAGACGAAGACCACAUCCUCCAGUAUUACUACUGUUAGUAAUCUUUUAAUCAAAUUAUAAGUUCUUUGUUAAAUUUCCAUUUGGAUUCACUUUUCAUUUCCAUUUUUAUUCCUUUAUCUGAGAGUGAUUGUUGUACGGAGCUUAGGCUUCUGGAUAGCGGGACACUAAACAGGGUAAAACUAUGGCGAGAACCUUGAAAGUGGUAUCAUACAAUGUUAAAGGUCUUAAUUCCCCUGAAAAGAGAUGCAUGGCACUAAGGGAGUUUCAGAAAAUGAAAGCUGAUAUUAUUUUUGUACAAGAGACUUACUUCCGCGGAGCAGAAGCUCCCAAACUCCCCCACAAAAAAUGUCCCUUUUGCUACUAUAACAACUACUCAACAACUAAAUCCAGGGGAGUGGCCAUACUGAUAUGGGCUCACAUAACUGAUUACUCUGGGAGAUACAUCAUAUGGAAGGGAUUGGUAGGCCCGACGUCCAUUACUUUAGUUCACAUAUACCUCCCCAAUAGGAAUCAGUGAGCUUUAAUUAGACGCAUAAUGACGGUGGUACGUAGACAUGCAGAGGGAAUUCUCCUAGUAGGAGUGGAUUUCAACCUAUCUUUAGAUGCUCACUGGGAUAGUAUGGCUAGCAUUCUGUGCACCUGGCCUCUUCUAGGGACCAGAUGCAUAAAGUAAUGCAUGAUGGUCAACUAGUUGACUGUUGGAAAAUCCUCAACCCGACUACGAAGGACUAUUCCUUCUAUUCUACCCCCAAUCGGGUCCCAGCGAGAGAAGCUAAGGACAAUACCACGAAGGUUAUAGACCUGAUACACUGGGGACAGGAGAAUCCCGGCCAUCCUGUUGGCCAUUGAUGCUGAAAAAGCAUUCAAUAGGGUGGACUGGCCCUUCCUGCUUUUCACACUGGAAGCCCUGGCUUUGGACCUAACUGGCUUAACUGGAUUAGAGCCAUCUAUUCGAAGCCCACAGCACAAAUUAAAGUGAAUGGGAUAUUGUCUAACCCGCUACCUAUCACGAAUGGCACCCGACAGGUUUGCCCUCUUUCGCCCCUGCUUUUCAUUUUAGUGCUAGAACCACAGCUCUAAGUGGUUCGCCAGAAUCACAAUAUCAAGGGUAUGAAGGUGAGCUUGCAAGAAUUCAAAGUGUCCGCUUUUGCGGAUGAUUUACUUUUUACAAUCACUGAUCUGUCCCAUACUCUCCCCUAUCUAUUACGAGACUUGACUAACUACAGCUCAUACACUAACUUUAAAAUUAAUGCUGAAAAGUGUGAAAUCUUGAAUCUUACUGUAGAGCAGGAGGAAGCGAAAGCUGCAGAGGGACUUCCAAUUCAUAUGGGCACAGAAGUGAAUAAAAUAUUUAAGUGUUCACAUUCCUGCAUUCCCGUAUGCAUUAUAUCAUUAAAACUUCCCCCAACUAAUGAAUGCAAUACAAAACCGACCAAAAAAGGUGGGACAAUCCUCACUUUUGUUGGUUGGGCAGAGUUAACAUCCUCUCAAUGAAUAUACUCCCUCUGGGAUUAUAUUUGUUACACAUGAUACCUAUAAAUCUCCCUAAGAGGUUCUCCAGAACCAUUCAAUCCUUGUUCACUUCGUUCAUAUGGGCUGGGAAAUGACCACGUCUUUCAUACCACAUUGUCAUGUGGCCCAAACGUGGUAUCGGACUCCCCAAUGGGCUACAUUACUAUUACGCAGUCCAUAUGGCUCAAAUUUUGGACUGGUCAAUACAACCGUCCAAUAAAUUAUGGAUACAUAUUGAACAGUCCGCAACUCGAACUCCUCUACGAGCAAUCCUGUGGGCCUUCACUGGAUCCAGGGAAUAUCCAAGCCCCCAACACCGGACAAUUGAAGCCACAAUUUCAGUGUGGAAGAAAAUAGCCCACCUCCCAGACGUUUCCCCAGAUAUAUCGCCUAGGUAUCCUAUUUUGCAUAAUACUUUGUUCCUGGCAAGGGAAGCAGGUCUCAUUUGUUCACUACAGGUUCACUUAGACAAUUCCCCAUAUAUCCCCUUGUACAGCAUAUGGGAAUCAAGGGGGCAGAAAUCUUUAUUAGAGUUUACACAGGAGACAGCGCCCUUCAUAGCACAUGCUUUCCAUUUUUUCCAGAUUUCACAUUUUGUCAGGACUCUCCAUAUCCUGGAAGUAGCUCUUAGGGAACACGCUGAAUUUGAACGGCUGUGCUCAGGCACAUCGGUGAUAGCUAAACCGACUUCCAGAUGUCUUAAACUGAUCCAACCACACCUUCAUCAUGAACGACAAAUAGGCCUCAUCAGGGGUUUAUAUCUACAUAUAAAUUUGAAACUAUAGUCACUCUCCAAUUCAAAUUCAAAGUUAGCGAUCUGUGAUUCACUUUGAUAUCUAUAUUUCGUCUGUUGUUUCUUUUUUUUUUUCUUUUCUCGAUGUUACUCUUUUUAUGUUACUCAUGUAUCACACAUCUACUCAUUAUAGAUUCUAAGGUACUCUGUCUGUCCCAACUUUCAUGCGGGUAUAUGUUAAGAUAGCCUGUUUGGCUGGUCUAGAAGACCUCCUCUAUACGAGCAAGCCUCACAUAGAGUAAUUACCCCUCAGGACACCCAGGCUUACGGUAUAUUUGUGUAGCGUGGGGUUGUGAAUCCACACAUUUUGUUGAUUAUGACACAUUACACCUAUUUUCAGCUUGUGGGACAUGAGGAACUACUGACAACUAUAUAACUACUGUUAUGUACAGAAUAUUGGGAAUACUUGUCUAUUCGUUGUCUGCCAAAAUGUGCACAUGUCUAGAUGGACAUUCAUGUACUGUUUUGUAAUAUUUAGCAAUUUUCAAUAUUUACUGGUCUCGUAUUUGUCACACCCUGACUUUGAAAAUACAAUAAAAAUAAAUUGAAUUAAAAAUAAAAGUAUAGUGAAAAAGUAAUUUAUAAAGCAGCCUUACCAUCCAAAACCUACCAUAUUGCAGUUAGAGGGACACUCCAGGUACCUGACUUUGUAACCUUGUAUCUGACAAAGCAUCAAUAAAAACAUGAUGUGCAAUUUAAUAAUAAUAAUAAGAAGAAGAAGAAGAAGAAGAAAAGCAUUGCAGUUGGCAGAGCUGACAUACUCAACAAAACAAAUAUAAUGUGCAGUACUGUACUGACUGUCCUAUGAUCUAAGCACAUUUUACAUAUAUAUAUACUAUGGGAGGUAAAAAUCACAAUAAAACAAAAAAGCUGGAAAAAGAUUCAGUCUGUAAGGUGGCGUUUAUCAAGUCCAGGUCUUUAUAAAAGUCAUGCAUAAGGAUUGAUGCAUCAAUAUUUUCUAUGAUCCAAUGUGAAUUUUGGUGGCAAAUUUCAAUUUAGGAUUAGUUAUAGUAUUUUGACUAAAAAGCCAUUUUAGUUUUAGUCGUAUUUUAGUCAUCUGAAUUGUUUUAGUUUUAGUCUGGUUUUAGUCGACUAUAUCUUAAAUAGAGUUUAGUCGAUGUGACUAAAAUCUAAUGAGUUUAGUAAAAGCCCUACCUGUCUAUUUUGCCCAUUCCCCAACCCCUGUGUCUCUUUGUGUCCUCCCAGUCCCUCUAGGUGUCUCUCUCCCAAGCCCUGGUCUUUCUCUUUUGCCCCUUCCACAGCCUCUAUGUGCAGUGUUAAUUUUGGCGGCAAAUUUCUAUUGAGUUUUAGUCAUAGUUUUUUUUACUAAAAUCCCUUUUUUGUUUUAGUCGCAUUUUAGUCAUCAGAAUUGUUUUAGUUUCUAAAUCUCACUAAAAUCUAACUAAAAUUGUUAGUCGACAAAAUUAACACUGCUUUGAUUAGCCCAUAAAACACACACAAAUAUUGCUGUUUUUAAAUGAUGACAAAUACAAUAAAAUUGUAAAGCAUCCAGCCUUAGGCUGAUACUUUAGGCAAUUUUAGAAACAGCUCAUACUUGGGUUUCCACUCCCAGGUACGAACAAAGGGAAAUGUGAGCCGCCUAAGCAUUUUAUUUGGCCCCUGACCUUUUCCUAUAUAACAAAGUGUUUCCUAUAAUAGCCUAUACAUUUUCUGAAACAAAUCUGUUAGAUGAGUCUCAUAAUUCUUUCAGCAGAUAAGUAAUUCCUCACAUUUGAUCCCCAUUAACUAAAGUUCAAGUGCACAACCUUCUAUUGUAAAAUUUUAUGGAAAGAGAAACAUCAAUUUGAGGACAGAUUCCUGGAAAUUCCAUAAAUUCAAUUAUAGUACACACUGGUUUAAUACUGUCCAGACCUUUAAGCUGUGCCUGUCUAUCAAAUACACUACUGCGUUUAACAUUAAAAACUGGAGAACGCUGCUGGAACUAAAGGAUUAUGAGAUAUAAUAUUACAGUUUUAAACCAGACAUUCUACAUCCUAAGAUAGGGGUGUUCAUAAAUGGCCUGAAGUAGAUCACACAUUCCUUCAAUUUCCCAAUGAGUCUCGUAUAUGAUUUUAUGUAGUAUGAGACCUUCUCAUCUUAGCUUUCAUUCACUAGGAAGCACUUUGAUAUCUUCCCAAUAUGCUUACAUUAAAGCUCAGAGUAGCAGUUAGCCACUUUUACCCAACAUCUGACAUCAAUAAUCUGGAAAAAUUGCCCAGUAUUUUCUCCUUUGCUGCUUAGUUUGCUUAUAUUCAUUACUCCUCGUGGCUUUAUUUUACCAGAAAAGUAUCCCAUGUGUAUGAAAAUGUUUGUAUGUUUCUGGGAGUGUGGAUCUGUGUGUGUGCUUGCAUCUGGGACUAUGAAUCGGUGCCCUGCAUGGAAGAAGACAACUAGGCCAGUGACCUCUGAUUAAAAGGACACUAUAGUCACCAGAACCACUAUGUAGUAAUUUUGGUGUACACACAAGAAGAGGCAACAGGGCUACACUAGUCAGCACUAGUGCCUCCUAAUCGGUUACAGAGGAACUCAAGGGCAUCACCCAAAGUAAAUAUGUGGGGGGUCCCUCCUCCAUAAACGAGAACCUCUAAAUGAAUUAAGUAUCCAUAAAUAUGGUAUAAGCCUUUGGUAUAGACGAAAAAUAAAGCGGGAUGGGAAGACCGCCCACUUAAAGUGUGCGGACUCCCACUCCACCAAAAGAAGUACCUUUAAAAGUAAAAAUUCGUAAGUGGUAUAAACCUUUAUUAAAGCUGAAUAUUAGGAUAUUAAAAUAUGAAGAGCCUAACUAGAACAGUAGGUUCUAAACCAAAACCCAAACAAAUGUGACAUUGUGAAUAAACAGAGUGAUAAUACACCUUUAAAAUUCUGGGUAGAGUAGUCUCAAAAGCCACUUCAAGUAGUAAGAGUAUUUUAAUAGCUAUUAUAAGUAUUCUCAAAUUUGAGUAAUUGCAUAGUUCAGUAGAUCGACACCUACAGAGUAUCAAGGUACAAAUGAUUAGUGUCUGUAGUGUAUAGAGGUUGUAAAAAAAAUGAAGCAAAACUAAGGAAUAAACUGAAUAUGGUCAGACAGACAAAUUAACAAUAACAAGUGAUAUACACUGUAUCAAGUUUGAAUUGACCAUAUUAAUCAAAGGGUUCACUAUGGUGUGGACACGAUGUACCCGGCUCCAAACAAAGUAGAGGAGGGGAUGGUUGAAAAAAAAGAAAGAAGAGAGCACCCCCCCCUUUUUUUUCCAACCAUCCCCUCCUCUACUUUGUUUGGAGCCAGGUACAUAAUGUCCAUGCCAUAGUGAACUCUAUAGUGACAUUACAAGCAUGGGCAUGUUAAUAGCUAUCUAUCUAUUUUUUUAUUUAUCUUAUUCAGAUGCCUAGAACCAAACCUUUGGUUAAUUUUUUUUUUUUUUUUUAAAUCAGUAACCACCUAAUUGCCUCUUGGCGCAAGUUACAAAAUAGAAAAACAUAGAACACUCUCUGGGAUACUCCAUGACAAAAAUUUCUGGAAGAAAUACAACAAGCAUAUGAUUGGUGUUUCCUCCUCUCUAGUCUUCAUCUUGAUAAAGACCCAGAUGGGUCGAUCACAUUAUCUUUUUAAAAUAUGUUGUCACAGUAAAUUCCACUGAUUGCUCUUUUUUCCUAUUAUAUUAUGCACUGUAAGUAGAUGGCUGAUUUACAUACUUUUUAAACUUCAGAAUCAGUUGAAAGCUAGUGUAGGCUAACAUACGAGUUGUUGUUCCAGUAUCAAAACUAAGUAAAACUACAAAGAGUCCUGAGAAAAAAAAUUGUACGUUAGCUUCUCUGCUGUUCUAUAAACUAAAAACUACAAAUAUUUGAAUUUCUUCAAAUAACCAUAUCCCAUCUUUUUCAGAUAGUCUCCUUAUUUGCAAUGGCUCAGAUGUUUGCUGAAUCAGAACAUGAAGAUCAUCUCUCUGGAGAUGGCUUUGAUGAAUACCACAACUGGACAGAGUUUUUGAACUACCUGAACAGGUCAUUUUCUUUCUGUGACAUUGACUUGGAUGAGGGUGUAAAGCAGAUCUUCCUUUUCAUACUGUAUCUCAUUAUAUUUGUUUUGGGUUUGGCUGGAAACCUGUUAGUGCUAUGGGUCAACUGGCAAUCACGAAGAAGCAAGAGUUCCAUAAAUAUCUACAUCUUCAACAUGGCUGUGGCAGAUCUUGGGGUAGUUAUUACCUUGCCAUUUUGGAUGCUAGAAACAAUGUUGGAGUACACAUGGCUUUGGGGCAGUUUUCUGUGUCGAUUUACACACUAUUUUUAUUUUGUCAAUAUGUUCAGCAGCAUAUUUUUCCUCACAGCUUUAAGUGUUGACCGUUACUUCACAUUAUGUUCUUCUUCUGUUUUUUGGAGGCAGAACCAGAUUCGGAUUCGCAAGGGUCUUUGUAUCGGAAUAUGGGUCCUGGCUGCCAUAUUUCCCAUACCAGAGGUUGCUCAUAUUCAGCUAUUGACAGGUUCUGAACCUGUGUGCAUGUUCAUGGCACCAUUUGAGACAUUUGAUGAAUGGGCUCUAGCGGUUAGUCUCUUGACUACCAUUCUUGGAUUCGUCAUUCCUUUUAUAAUAAUACUUACCUUCAGCCUGUUGACUGCCCACCACAUCAAGACAUCUGGAAGACCUGAGAACAGAAAGCACUGUCGACUCAUAUAUGCUUACAUAUUGACGUUUGUUCUGAGUUGGUUUCCAUACCACUUGACCCUGAUAUUACUAACCCUACAUGGAAGUCACAUCAACCUGCACUGUUAUUUUGUUCACAUUCUAUACUUUUUUUAUGACUUGAUUGACUGUCUAUCACUGCUGCACUGUGUAGCUAACCCAAUACUUUAUAACUUAUUGAGUAAGGACUUCAGAGGCAAAUUCAUCAAUGCAGUUGUUAAGUAUAUACCCAAGGAGAAAAUGGCUGGUGGAGAAGUAAAAGAACACUCCACUUCCAGCACAGACCAUUCUGUUGUUAUCUCAAAGGAAAAUGCUCCAAAUGCAAACCAAUCUUCUGUAAACAUCGAAGGAACAAAAAUGUAGCGUAGAAAUAUAGUCAUUGUUAUCUGCAUAUUCGUGCUUGUUGAAAUAUAAAAAAAAACAAUGCCCUUACAAUUCAUCUGAAUUUCCUAAAACAUAAUGCAUUAUGUGAACGUUCGUUAGUUUGUUUCUGCAAUAUCUGCCUCUUACAUUACUGUGAAUAAAGCCAAGACGAGGUCAUUGGCAAAAUCGAAAAAACAUUUUUUUUUCUUUCUGGUUCUUAUUGCCUACCUCCAUUGAAAACAAAAUAAAAGCAUCACAGAUAUGUCACUAGAAGAAUACUAUAGAUUCAUCUCAUAUAGAAGAGCACUUAAUACUUAUAUGAAGACAUCUAUUCUACAUGAAAACACAUUCAUAGAAUUUAAUAGCAUAAUACAGUCUACAGUGGCCAUAUAUUGAAUUACCCACAAUGCUUUUGUUAUAGCACCUACCUAUUAUCUAUGAACACCAAGGUGCAUGUAUUUAUAUGUUUAAAGUGUUGCAUGCCUAUUGUUCUGCAAUUUGCUUGCUUUUCAAUACCACAGUGGUGGUCAAUAUAUUCAUUUGAAUGCAUUGUUCACCAUUCUGGUAGUUAUAUAUAACUAUAAGUUUAAAAAUAAAUGUAAAAAUUAUGUAUUUUUACUGCACUAGAAGUAAUAACCACAUUUGUAAAUAAUCUGCAUCACUGUUUCAAGCUUAUAUAUAAAUGUUUACAGUUAUAGUUCUCUUUAAACUGUGAAAAUCUAUAGGGUGUGUAAAUUUUAUGACUCGGAGUUUUCAUAUUCACUGAAAAUAUAUUUAAUUAAGAGAGGGAAGAAAGUUAGACAAUUUCAGGUGGACUUUGCAUGAUACAGAAUGAGUCACGUAGGUUUAAAGUUGGCUAUAUGGCUCUAUCCAUUUCCCCAAACUAUCACAGGUAUGGAGGAACAGUCUUCAGAUAUUUUAAGCUAUAGAUAUUUUAUAUGACAUGUUUACUUUAAGGGGAUAAUCUGGGAUAAAAACUGGAUUGGGACUUUCACAUGCUCUGGAAAAUAGCAUCAGAACUGCUUUGUUCACAAAAGGUCCAGUUCAAACUCAGAAACUACAAACUGAAAACUAUUGCUUUCUCUAAUUUGCCUUGGUAAAUGGAUAUGUCAUCCAACUUUUGACAGGGUAUCUAAGGUUCUGGAUAGAGUUAAAGAAGAACAAGGGUUGUCUUUGUUUUUAUUGUUUGUACUGAGAAUCUACUGAAAUAAACAAGAUUUUUUUUUAAUGAGAAUAACAGUAUUUGGAUAUUGUUUUUUCUAUCCUGCACGAUGUGUUGGCAAUGAAAACUGGGGUGGCAACAAUGUAAGUUAUUUGAAAUCUGGUUCAUGGUCCUCACAAUUGCCCAAAGCAAGCGCUAUGACUCAUCCACAAUUAUAUUAAAG